UGUGAGUGCGAAUGUGCUGAAGCGCGCGGGAGCUGGCGCGAGCUGGUCCAGCGGCGCAGCGGUGGGGAGACAGCGGUCACACGGUAACCACCGGGGACUCGUGCGUGUUCGUUCUGCGGGAUGAGGUCCUCGUGAGGAUUCGGCGGUUUCGGAUUUGACCCAGCAGACAGGAGGGCGCUCGAGCUCCACCGUUUUUCACGCACGGCACGCACGUAGACCCGGUGAAAUCGUCACGCGGAUUGAAUCUGUGGAAUCUGUCGCGAGCGUUUCUGCGCGGCCGGAGAGCAUCCUGACAGGGCGCGAGGUCCGGUCCGGUCCGGUCCGGUCGGUCGGCGGGUAGGGUGGUCAGUUCGGGGUCUCGUGGACCGUGCGUGAAAGGAAGUUAAAGCGACACUUCCGCUGGACUCCUGGCCGAACCGGAGCGUCCCACCCCCGGCAGCAGCACCCGUCCCUCCGCGCCUCAGCUCCAGCGGGAGGCCCGGAGAGGCGGCAGGAUGUAGCGGCGGAUUAACGGAGGAGAGAGGGGCGCUCAGAGGAGAGAGAGAGCGGUACCGUGCGGCGGACCAAGCGGCGGACCGGGACCGAGGACCGGGGAGGCGGGACGGAGAGGAGGGGAGGACAUGGGGAAGGACCAGGAGCUGCUCCAGGCCGUCAAGACCGAGGACCUGCUGACAGCUCAGCGGCUUCUACAGAGACCUCGGCCGGGGAAAGCCAGUCAGUAUCCCUCCAUCCAUCCGUCCAUCCAUCCAUCCAUCCAUCCACACACACACACACACACACACACACACACACACACACACACACACACACACACAGUACCAGGUCAGGACAGUGCAGGCCAGAUCUGAUGUGCUGCCGUUUAGCCUACAUGGUGCACUGUAUGUAUGUGUGUGUGUGUGUGUGUGUGUGUGUGUGUGUACCCCCCUAUGCAUGCAUGUGUGUUUGUGCUAUGACGUUGGGUGUGUGAUAGUGAUGACGUUGCACGUGUGAGAGGAGUCAUCAGAAUGUAAUUAUGCUUCUCACACACACCUACCACCGUGUGUGCGUGUGUGUGUGUGUGUGUGUGUGUGUGUGUGUGUGUGUGUGUGUGUGUGUGUGUGUGUUUAAGGGUGAGGGGUGAGAGUACACGAAGGUCCUGCUCUGCUCUCGGGUCAUGGGGAUUAUUGGUGUGUGAAGACGCCAGAUGUUGGGGGGGUAAUAAUGUGAUGAUCGUAAGUGCGCACGUGCAGACACUUGCAUGUGCACAGAUGUGGCGCUUGGACCGCGCGUGCGUGCUGGCGUGCUCUCGACUGCUUGACGUGGAGUCAGCUGGGACUUGAGGUGAUAAUUAGAUUUCAAUUACAGCCUUGAAGCUGCUCUCCUCCUCUACCAUCUCAUCAGACCACUGGAUUUAUCCUCUCUCCUUAUUUUGAGUCCUCCUCUCCUCUUCUCUCCUUUCCUCUCCUCUUCUCUCCUUCUCAGAUCUUUCCCUGUCAUCUGUUCAUUUGUCCUCUCCUCUCCUACUCUAUCCUCUCCUUUCCUCUCCUCUUCUCUCUUCCCCUGUCAUCUGUUCAUUUGUCAUUUUCUCUCCUCCAUUCCUCCCUUCCCUCUCUUCCUCUGUUUCACUCCUAUUUCCUCUCCUGUCCUCUCCAACUCAAGCUUCUCCUCCCUUUUUCCUUCUCUGCCAGUCCCUCCUCUCCCAUCCUGUCCACUCCUCCUAAAGCUCAUUUCUUAUCCUCCUCCUCCUCUCCUCCUCACCUCCUCCUCCUCACCUCCUCUCUUGUGUGUUCGUAUAUCUGAACAUUCCAGCAGUACCAUGGAGAAGAAAAAAGCUUCUCCUCAAACGCCAGAACAGAUCAGAGCUGAGAGCUCAGUCCACUGCACACUGACAAAGGAGGAAGGGGGGAGGAGGGUGAGGAGAGUGAGCGGUGAGGAGGGUAAGGAGAGUGGGGGGUGAGGAGAGUGAGCGAUGAGGAGAGUAAGGGAUGAGGAGAAUAAGGGAUGAGGAGAGUGAGGGGUGAGGAGAGUCAGGAGGGAGGGGUGAGAAAAGUGAGAGCUAAGGAGAGUGAGGGGUGAGGUGAGUAAAGGGUAAGGAGAGUGAGGAGAUUGAGGGGUGAGGUGAGUGAGGAGAGUGAGGGGUAAGAAAGGUUAGGGGUGAGGAGAGUGAUGCGUGAGGAGAGUGAAGGGUGAGGUGAGAAAAGUGAGAGGUGAGGAGAGUGAGGGGUGAGAAAAAUGAGAGGUGAGGAGAGUGAGGGUAAGGAGGGUGAGGCAUGAGAAGAGGAAGGGGUUAGGAGAGUGAGAGGUGAGGAGAGUGAGGGGUGAGAAGAGUGAGCAGAGUGAGGGUGAGGAGAGUGAGGGGUGAGGAGAGUGAGAUGAGCGAGGGGUGAGAAGAGUAAGGGGUAAGGAGAGUGAUGGGUGAGGUGAAUGAGUAGAGUGAGGAAGGUGAGGGGUGAGGAAGACAGCUGGAAGAGAGAGGAGAUGUGCAAGGGUGCAGGACAGGAAGAGGAAGAUUAGGAGAUGAGGAGAUGAGAUUUGAGGGAGGUCAGGGGUGAGAGAGUGAUGGGACAAAGGUCAAAGGGUGAGUUAUUAGGCAAAGUGUGUGUGUUAGUUUUUGUGUGUGUUCCUGCAUCAGUGUGUGAGAGUGUGUGUUUCUGCAUCAGUGUGUGUGUGUGGGCGUGGGUGUAUGUGUGUGACAGCGUGACUCCAGGUUUAUGUCUGAAUAAUUCAACAGGAAGUCGAGUUUCUCUGCUGGAGAAUCACUGUCUUCACACACACUCUAACACCUUGAACACACACACUCACACACACACACACACACACACACACACACACACACACACACACACACACACACAGGUCCACCUUCAGCUGUGAUUCAGGUGUUCUCUCUGCGUUUGUUUUAUGAACUCUCUGUUAAUUAUCAGAGCUGAUCUGUUUCACUCUUUGAUUAAAGCGAUUGAAUGAAACGCUGCGGUGACAGGAGGACUCUGCAGGAAGUGUGGUUCAGUCCAGCUCUCUGUUUUAUUUUUCUAAAACUAACUGAAGUGACAGUUUCAAUAUUUUAUUUCCAGCAGAAGUUUGAAAUCCAGUUCAUGAAAUAAUUUGAUUUAUAUAUUCCCCAGAAGAUGCAUUGGAAACUAGACGGACUAAUUAAUCAGUUGGAUGGUUAUUUACAGUAAUCUUUCUGUUAUCCUUCCAAGGGCAGAUAUCACAGUUAUUGUUCUGAGUGAAAAUAAACGGUGUUCACUAGGGUUGGGUAUUGUUUGAUUUUGAACGAUUCCGAUUCCAAUUUCGAUUCCUCAUUUCGAUUCCGAUUCCUAUCGAUUCUCUAAUUCGAUUCUUUUAAAAGGCAGGAUAUCAAAAAGAAAAAAAAAGCAUGGUUUGAAUGAGGGUGCUAACCGGGGCUCUUCUUUUUGGAUGAAAUUUCUGAACUUCUCCAUGAAUUUUUAAAUCCUAUUAACUUUUUAAGAACUUUACUAUGGAUUUCUCACAGAGCUAUUUUCAACCAGUAUAUAAAUAUCAAUUUUUGUUUUCAGGUCGUUUGUUUAUGAAAAAGUACAAGGGCUAACGUUAGGUGGAUAUUUAAGUUUACUCACCGUACACAGUUCAAUUUCUUUACCGUUUCAAAGUUAGCAGAGGACAGAAGUAAUUUAUUGUUUCACUUAUCUGAUCCUGACUGGUUAGCGGAAGACAGGUGUUGUGCUGUAGAAUGCACCCCUGCCGUAGAAUGCCUCCCCUCCACUGAUUAGCUUCUUAGUGGAAGAAAUAUGAUCUCAUAUUUAAUAAAACACGGGUAUUAGAUCAUGAAAACGUGUCAAAUGGAGCAGUAAACUUUCGUUCUGUUUUUAUGUGUCUCAAAAAUGCACACAUAAAGGUGUACUUGGGUAUAUAAACCGUAGAGUAAGCUGUUAAUGUAGAGAACAUAAUAUUUUCAGGACAGUAAAUAUUCCGAAUCAGAGGGCUAUUGUUUUCGGCAUAUCUGAAUAGCCUGAAUGAAAUCAUUAAAGGCACACGCUUUAGAUUCCGUCCAACGGCAAGAAAAACUUGGAUUGUUUCGCCUUGUUGUGUACUUUCAACCGCGCUCCCGUCAGGGGUGCAUUCUACGACACAACACCGGCGAAGCGCGUCAAAGACGAGCACUCGGGUAUUUCUCCUCCAUGAAUCCUGAGGUGUUUAAUCAUGUUGGUCGUUUACCCUCCUUUGCAUGAUAUAACUGUAUUGCUAAUGUUGCAUUGAGAUAAGAGUUCAUUCUUCCUGCUAAAGUUAGCCAAACUUUUGACCAACGAAGAAGAAGCUGCCGAACACCAACGAGGACGGAGCGUAUGAGACGAAGCCACCAGAGCAAUGGAUUAAAACACACAGAGAGAGGAGAGAGACAGAGAGAGAUUGUAACCCACAGCGGCUGCAUUGCAGUGGGUUGCAAUGUACUUUAUCUCUCUGUCUCUCUUCACUUUCUGUGUGGCUUCGUCUCAUACGCUCCGUCCUCGUUGGUGUUAAGCGGCUUCUUCUUCGUUGAUUUUCGGCGGCUGUUUCCUCCGGUCGGCGGACUCUGGCAUCGAAACUUGGAAUCGAAAUUUUAAUAUUUGAACGAUACCGGAAGAAUCGAAGUUUUAGUCCCGAUUCCCAUCGAUUCUCGAUUCUCGAUUCCCAACCCUAGUGUUCACAUCCUCAAUCACGGCAAAAAACACUCAGAUUUAUAAAAACGAGAGAAUCCAUCUAGAACUUGUUAGGUCUUUGUAGGUCUUCAUUCAUCCAGGUCACUGUCGAACCUCAGGCAGGUCCAGUUUCCUGUUCAAGGGUGUUAGAUCUUUUUUUUUUUACAAUUUAUUUAUUAACAUUUUUUCAUAAACAGUAUACAACUUCAAUAACAACAAUAGAACUACAAAUUUCACCCAAACCCGCCCCCCUUUUUGAAAAAAACCCGUCGGCCGACUCUUACCUACAUCCCUAAAUAAAAUAAAUGGGUGGGUGGAUGGAUGGAUGGAUGGAUGAGUGGUGGGUGGGUGGGUGGAUGGAUUAAUGAAUGGAUGGAUGGAUGGAUGAGUGGUUGAUGGUUGAUGGAUGGAUGGAUGGAUGGGUGGUUGAAUGGGUGGAUGAAUGCAUAGAUGGAUGAGUGGUGGUUGAAUGGAUGGAUGGAUGGAUGUGAGUGGUGGGUGGAUGAAUGAGUGGUUGAUGGAUGGAUGGAUGAAUGGAAGGAUGGAUGUUUUUUCCUGUGGCUCUCAGUCUUGAAACUCGUUCGUUUUUUCAAACAAGCGUCUGAUAAACUCAGAGUAAAUAUCUGGACUUUACAUUUUCACUCAAAGAAGAUGAACUCGUGUGUUUUUGUAAACUUUCUCCAUCGGAGAACAAACACAGAGUUUCUAGUAUUUUCAACUAUUUUGGUGAGAGGGAGUUGUAAGUGUGAAAGACAGGAGAUAAUCCUCGUUCAUUGAGAUGGAGGAACAGGUGUGCAGUCUUAGAGGGAAGCGUUGGUGACAGGUCUUCAUGUGAUCUGUUCACAGUCGGAGAAAUGCUGCUCGCUGAACUGAAUCUCUCUGUUGAUUCUUGUGAAGUUUCAUUGAUGUAAAAAUGUGGAGUUUCCUCACAGAGACGAACCGUUUUCUAACCGACCUCCUACACAGCAGACGGCUGAGUUCUCAAACAUUUGGCGUUGGUUUCCUUAUCGUUGGCUCAGUAUCCCUCUAAUUUAGUGAUGUGAGUGAUACUGAUAUCUUAUCGUAAUGACAUCUCUUUCAGUUUGCAGAAAGAUGCUGAAAUGGGCUCUUAGUCAUGGGAUGAAUAAGCAGACAAUCGACAGGCACUGACCUCUCUCUGGCAUGUAUAUGUUUAUUUACCGGGCUGAAGUAUAGAGGUCUGAUGUACAUAAACUUGGCAGCACAUUAAUCAACCAACAGCAUAGAAAUGUGGGGAAAAGCAGACUGCAAAGACACAGGGCAGAGAAACUACACAAAAAUAGACUCUUUUUUUUAAUGAGUAAAUAAGAGACUGAAAGGAUGGAAACAAAGUGGAGAGCAAAGAUGAAUCAGCCUUUCAUUUUUAUGUGCCACAUGACAAAUAAAUAAGAUUUCCUGUCUCCGGAAACUUCAGAUGUCGCUCUUUAUUUCCCUGUUUGUGCUCAGUCAGAAAACGAGGAGGACUUAUGAUGAUUACCAGACUCAAAGCGGAUCUCCAGAGAGGACCUCUGAGUCUCUGAUGUUUUCUUUAAAUCACUUUUUUUUCUGCCAUGUUGAAAUAAGUGAUGAACACUCUUUGGCGUUCGUACUUCACUCUCUUUUCAUUUUUCCGAUUUGCCACUACUGACCUAGAUUCUCCCUGAAAGCUGAAAUGAGUUUUAUGCAUAAUAGAUCUGCCACAGCCGCUAACUCCAUUUGAAAAGGUUUAAUAUGAGGAUGUGAAAAGUUACCUGUAAGGAUUUUCUUUCACAGUUCUUAUUGUCUGGACUCCCUCAGAAAGCUUUGAGCACCUUAAGACUAAUGAACUAAGAGACAGGACAUCCUCAAUAUAAGAGGGGGAGCGUCACAGCAGCAACAGUCAUUAAAUCCUGAAUUUUACUAAACAAGAUAACUUUAACACUGACGAUAAUGACUUAGGGCUGCACGAUUCAUCGAUUUUAAAUCCUCAUCAGAUUAUUUGAUUAUGACGAUGUUAAAAAAAUUAGAUCCUCAAAUCCAUUUUCCUCUCUAUCAUGUCUCGCGCCUCCAGGCCACCGUAGGCUCCUCCUUCCUGCAGGAGUGCUCCCCUGUUCCCACACGCACCAGUGUAAACAAACAUGGCGUUUGCAGAAGAGGGCGAUAAUUUCGUGGUUAAAUAGGACAAAAGCGAGUCAGUCGUGUUGAAUUGGUACGACUUCACAGUUUCAGAUGAAGAGUAAACCACUCCCCGCUGCAAAGUCUGUCUGAAGGCGGUAUCAACCCGUCACCAUGGAAAUGAAUUCAGGAGUAAACGCUAAAGUUUUUUGUCGUAUCAGCGUUUCAUCCACACGGAAAUGGCGUUUCAGGUGACUGUAAACGGUACUUUUUAAAAACAGGUCAGAGAGUGAAUAAAUCUGUAAACGACGACCAUUUCAUCUCCGUGUGGAUGUCUAUCUGCAUCUCUGGAAACGAUCAUGUGACACACAGUGUAACUCUUUCAUGGCGCCAAACCUUUUAUACACAUGAUCUGUACUCUUCUUCUGUCUUUUGUGCGUUUCCUGUGCAGUGUUACAGCGCCACUUACUGGCUUGGCAUAUGCACUACAUCAUUUUUAGUGGUUUGGUUUUAAGAGAUGAGAGAAAAACUUUUUAUGAAAGUGAAGUUUAGUUAAGUUGUCUCUGAAUAAAAAUAGAAAUCGAAAAUCGAGUUUUCAGAGAAAAAAAACAGGAAUUAUUUUUGGCCAAAAUCGUGCAGCCCUAUGAUGAGUCGGCAAAAGUUUCAGAUUUCUCUCUUUUCUGUUAAAUAACAUAAAAAAUGUGUCUUUUUCCAACGUCCUAACAUCUGUGAUGCCAUUUUUGUACAUUAUGAAUCUAAUGUACGUGUGCAAUCGUCUGAAAUAUAUAUAGAAACAAAGGCGUGUCAGGGAUAUCAGUGUUUGCAUGUUAAAUUGUAACUCUGAAUUUAGGGCACCAGGAAAACUGGACUUUAAUGAGUACCCCUGAGAAGUCCUGGACUUCACCUCUCCUGAGGUUUCCUGGGACUCUGCUCAGUUUUACCUGACGUUGGUUUAGCCGGCUGUUUGCACCCUCUGGAGUUUCCAAUGAAAUCUGAAUGACAGGGUUAUAAAUCUAAAAUAGCCACAAGUUUAGGGAGACGCUGCAAAAUAAUGUCACGGUAAUCACUGCCAAGAGAUCGACAGCCUGUGAGAAUGGCACAUAGAAUCAGUUACCAUAGUAACGGGGGGCUCAGAUGCAGUGUUUGAGGCUGAAAAUUAUCAUAAAGAAAUAUGAACUCUGGUCCAAGGACACCAUCAGAGGCGCAUUAUGGUGAUGUGGGUGAGGAGCCGGUCUGGAUGUGGGUCUUUGGGCUGUGAUACAGUUUCUGAAAUAAACGAGGGUGUGUUCAGGAUAAAAAAAAGAGAGGAUUUGAAUUUAUGAAGGAUAGACCCUCGAGAUGGAGCGUCUCAUUUUCAAGGGGGUCCCUAAACAAACAUACACAGAACUUUUACAAUACAUUAACAUACAUAACAUAAAACAAAUACAGACAUCGUACUCACAAUCUCAACCAACAUACGCCCAACAUACAAAAUAGACAAAACCGACUAACAAAGAUAAAUAAUCUGAACAUAAAUGCAAAAAAGUAGAAGAAAAUAAAUCAGAAACAUGAGCAAUUUGUUUUGAGAUGAGAGUAUAGUGCCUCUCUAAAGUGAUAAAAAGAUGUAAUAGAACGCAAAGAAAGAGGUAAAUUAUUCCAAUCUGAUGGGGCUUCAUACUGAAAUUAUCUUUCUUUAAAGAUUCUAGGAACAAAGAAAAAUGGGAUGAGUGAUACGUAGGGUUACAAAGGGGCAGAAAAUUUCCAGUAAAUUUCCAGAAACUUUCCAUGGGAAGUUAAACUGGGGAAUUUUUGGAAAUAUUCCAAAUUGGAAACUUUUCAUGGGAAUUUAUGGGAGUUAACUGGAAAUUGGGGGUAAUUUACACAAACUCUAUUAUAUCCGAACAUCAAUGUAAAUAUUUUUCCUUCAACAUUAGUUUGUGUGAACCGUUUCCACACAUCAGCUGGCGAACGUGGCAUUUUUCUGUAGAAUAAAAUAACAAAAAAACACUAAUGCAAUGGUAUGAACAGAAAUAUAGUUGGCUAAACAACUGGAAUGGUCUUUAAAAUAUUUGAUAAUUGAUGUAUAAAUUAUUGUAUGGUUACAGAAAACCGUCUUGCAGGAGUCAAAAGAAACAGCAUCACAUUUGAUGUAGCUACCACCACCAUAAUAAGAUAUCCCCUUAAACGGUCAAUGAAAUAAAAAAUUGUUUACAUUUAGCACCUAUUUUUCUUUUAAUUUGUGUUUAAAGUGGGGUAGUCAGGAAUCCCCUAAAGAAGUAAAUUUUUUUGUGGUGUAUAUACAAAAAAGCUUUUUAACAUCAGUCAAUAGUUAUUAGUUAUUGAUGACAUUUGGUAAUAUCACAAUAUUGCUCUGUCCUCUUCUGUCUGUGUAGUCAACAUUUUAACAUUUUUGAGCACUCCGCUCUUUCUGACUGUAAACAAAGCAAUUCUCCGCCUCCCCCAUCCUGAUUGUUUUUGAGGCAGACGCUGCUCCCUCGUGUCGUUCACGAGCCCAAACAAAGUUAGCGUGCUACAAUAUCAAACAGUAGAAACCAACCAGAAAGUUCGGAAAAUUGUCUGAAUCCUCCUUUUGCCACGACUGCCGACACAAGCAAGAAAACAAAGUAAAUACCGUGGUGUGUGAUCAUGUGAUUGAGGAGUGGACUUGCAUUAAAUCUGGAUGUUUUAGCCAAGAUUAUACUACAAUUUCACCAACUAUAUUUAAGUUCUCUGUUGAGGGCCAACCUUCAAUUUUCUACAUUUCAGAUUUAUUCCCGUAGAAAGUUUCCGACUUUGAAAAUUCCCAGAAUUUUGCAACCCUAGUGACCUUACCUCAUGAGAGUAUUUGAUUAAACACACAUGGUGGUUUCGGAGUCAGGCAGGCAGCUUUAUUAAAUAAAUACUGCUGUGAUCCAGAACUCCUGAUGUAAAGGGAGGAUCAUCUAAUCUAAGAGAGGAAGUGGGACCCUUUUUGUUGUUCGAUGAGUUUGAGGGGAAGUUUUUUUGUCUGGCGUCACGUGUCUCUCUGACGGUGACACAGAUAUCUGCACUCAUUGAUUCAUCUGCUGGGGGAAGAGACGAGGGGGGGAGGGGGCCUGCCGGUUUGUUUUUAAUCCAAGAUAGAUCAUUCGGGGUUGGCGGCUCGAUGUGCAAACAAACACACACAUGCAGAGAAGAAUGAUGUCAGGCGAGGAGUGUAAACAGACACAGCAGAGCCACCAAUCAGCACGCCGCUCUUUAGCAAAUUACAGGGAAAAUUAGAGUGUGAGAGCAGGAUGAACGGAUGAGAGAGGAAGAGAGGAAGAGAGGGAGGGAGAAGCUUUUCCCCAGAUUACAGAACAGCCUCAGAUUAUGGCCGCUGGAUUAAGAGGGUUUGACCAAAAAAAAAAAAAAAAAGGAAAGUAGAUGCAGAGGGACAAACACGCAGCUUUUUCAGUUUGUGUGUGUUUGCGUGUGUGUUUUUGUGUGCUUGUCUUCCUGCUGUUUGGAGUCUUUAUCUUUGUGCCGCUUCGUCAAAGUCAAGGUUAUAGAAAAACACAAAGACGAGCUUUUCCACAUGAAAUACAAACAGCUGCAUAUGAACUCAGUAAAAACAUGCGCCAACCCUGUGAAAUGAGAGCGGUAUCAGUGUUUUGAUAAAUGCAUGGAAGCAAAGCAAUUAGGAAAACGUCCCGGAAGGUUUCACAUCUCUCCAGAGUUUCUCCAUUAUUAUCGCUUUGAGGCAAACCUGAUUUCAAGAAUAGUGAUAGUGCACUUGAUCAUGUUAUGAGAGUUAUGAUAAAACAGACAGGUUACAUAUCAGCUGCAGCGUUAAAUUAAGUAUUGAUAAGGCUUCAAACAAAAGGAUCAUCACUUUAAGACCAGACCUGCUGUCCUGAUAUCAUGAACACUUCAUGGUCUGAGUAAGGAACAGCUUUGGCCUCUGAGCAGUAAAUCUCCUGAACCAAUCAGCUGAGACUCUGAAAAUUUAGCACAACAAGAUCUGGCUUCAUUGUGUGUGGGCGGGAAUAACAUAAUCAUGUGUGGCUAAUAUCUUAAAACGCAGCGUUUGAACCUGUUUUAUUGCUGCUAAUCUGUCACACUUAUAACUACCAGCUGAAGACAGCGGCCCCUGCUGCACACAGAUGAUACCAGCUCUCCUCAAACCAAGACCUGCAGUGAUAUUAACAUCUCUAACACUGCUGCUACACUUAUCUAGAACCGUGGUUUAUUAGACAACAAGAACCUUCACUGCAGUGACCGGUAACAAUAAAAAACAGCUGAAAUCACAAAGGUGAGAAGUUUCAUGAUGAGAAGAAGUUUCUCAGAAAGUCUGCGAUAUUAUUUAUCUGCUGUUUGUUUUUUAGGAAGAGACACAAUAUCCACAGAUAAAGUAGGAACAGAGCAGCGGCUAAUGAACAGCACCUGAUAGAGAGAGAGAGAGACAGAGAGAGAGAGAGAGAGAGGAUAUAAGAGCUGGGUUACGUCAGGAAACUUGACAUUCAACAAUCAUGAGUGGAAAAGUUCCUUUACUGUGUGAAAAUGAAAAAGAUCAGUUUAAAGACAGAUUCAAGUUUGCAGCACAGACGUGUGUCAGUUCUCUACUGAUGGUGUUGUUGGUGUUUGUUUAUGAUGUAGUUUUGUUGUUGUUCACUGUAGUUGUUGUUUUGUUUUUUUUUCAUGUUGUUUAAUGUUUGUUGUUGUUGUUCAUGUUGUUCACUAUAGUUGUUGUUUUGUUUGUUGUUGUUGUUCAUGUUGUUGCGGUAGUGGUUCUGUGUUUGCUGUUUUUUGCUUGUGUUGUUAAUGUUGUUCACUGCUGUUGUUGUUUUGUUUAUGUUUGUUGUUGUUGUUGUCAUUUUUGUUCAUGUUGCUCACUGUAAAUGUUCUUGUUUUAUGGGUUUUUUUGUUGUUCACUGUUGCUGUUGGUGUUUUGUUUUUGUUCAUGUUGUUUUAUGUUUGUUAUCGUUGUUGUUCAUGUUGUUCACUGUAGUUAUUGUUUUGUUUUAUGUCUGUUUUGUUGUUGCUGUAGUUGUUGUGUUGUGUUUGUUGUUGUUGUUGUUCAUGUUUUUCACUGUAGUUGUUGUUUUGUUUUAUGUUUGUUUGUGUUGUUGUUGCUGUAGUUGUUGUUUUAUUCAUGUUGCUGUAGUUGUAGUUGUUUUGUGUUUUUUGUUUGGUUUUAUGUUUGUUUGCUAUAGUUGUUGUAGUUGCUGUAGUUGUAGUUGCUCUAGUUGUUGUUGCUGUAGUUGUAGUUGUUUUGUGUUUUUUGUUGUUUUGUUUUAUGUCUGUUGUUGCUAUAGUCGUAGUUGUAGUUGCUGUAGUUGUAGUUGCUGUAGUCGUAGUUGCUGUAGUUGUAGUUGUUUGAGAGCGCUGGCAGAUACAGAAAAGUAGCAGGUGACUCUCUGUGGGGUUGAACUAUCAGGUUGUGUACGAGGACAGAAAACAUGAAUCAGUGCGUAACACACACACACACACACACACACAGAUGUUAGUGUGGACGGUGUGUUUCAUGGUUGUGUUGUUUGUCUGUUUCAGAACUCCUUGGAGCAGCAAAGCGAGUGAACGUCAACAUCCAGGAUGCAGACGGGUGAGAGACCACGACUCUGUUUUUAUCAGAUCUUCAUCCUGCUGUUUUUAGAUGUUUCAGUCCUCUUUAGUUUGCUCUCAUUUCCCACGUCUCUGACCUCUUCAUCUAUCUUCAUCUUUAUCAAUAUUGACAUGUGUGUAUUUGUAAGUGUGAAUGAGCAGCUAUUGCUGACAUGUUUGUCACAUGACGUUUUGCUGUGAUCGAACGCCCCUGAAACUCCUGCUUCCUCUGACUCCCAGGGAUUCCCACCAGGCUAACUCAGUGAUCAUUAGACGGGUUAACGAUACCUCACAAACAGGUUUUUAACUGAAUCAGAAUCAUUUUAGACUUCAUUAGUAGAGGGUCACAUGAUAUCCAGGGCACUGGUGCUUAAUUUUGCUGUUAAAGCUGCCCGAGGGUUUACAAAACGGGCUUAUGAUCAAUAAUUGGACUGAAGUAUCAUUAGUCAAUGCUGGAUCAAUAAGACAUGAACGAGGUCGUCAUAUUGAUAAGACCAUAGAGAGUUAUAAUGGGACUCUGCUGCUGUAUAGGACCGCUUUUGGUGAGUUUCUGGUUGAUUCUUUAGAGUCCAGGAUUUGCAGCAGCAGAGAGAGUUUUCAUGAGGAGGUUCGGAAACAGCGAGGCUUCACUUUGAUUUAAUCUGUGUCUGUAGAAAAGAGCAGGGCUGUCCUCUCAAGAAUCAAGAGUUUUCCACACCUUCACACUCCCAGGUCACCAAAACUGUAAACAUCUUCCUGAAAAACACAAGGUGGUGUCCGUUUUCUCUCUUGCUCUCGAACAGUCUGUUUGACUGAUCAGAGUCCUGGUCUGGUGAGUGGGUGAGAGUAGCGUGCAGUUGGACCAAUCCGUGGCCUGCGGGCAGAACUAUCUGUCUUUCCACUCUGUCACUAAGAGCGGUUUCAGCGAGGGUUUGAUGGGUUUACUUUGGAGUUAGUGCAGAGACGCUCAAACGCAGAUGCUAAAGGCGACUUACCUGAUAAACAUACUCAGAGGUCGGGUUUUUGUUUGAGGAGGAUUUCGUUUCUGCCGACUGUCUCGGUUUCAUUUUUACUUUUGGAGAUUUUUAGGUGAACUCGACGACACCGUGACAAGACUGUCAGGUGUCCCCAAACAAAACAUAGACAAACUGGAAAACCUUUGAGACCCAAGUUUUCAAACCCAUUCCAACAAAAAUGAUUAAACCUCCUUCAAUGAUCGACACUCAGCGAGUCGGACUGCAGUAACAACUUAAACAACAACCUACCUCACCUGUACCACAGAUGUUGCAAACGUAACCAAACUGCUAGCUUGUAGUCCUAGCUUACCCUCAAUUUUCAAUACAUCUGGAGGAACAGCUCCGAUCCAGAACGGUGGCGAUUUUCACCAUCUGCCAAUUCCUACCAGAUCAGUUUGUGAGGCAAAUUUUGUGGCGGAUUACGGACAGCAGGAAUUGCGAGAACUCACAAGAACCCGUGGAGUCAUGUUUAAUCACACGAUAAUGAGUUGUCUCUAUGAAGACAGCCACAAAGACAUAUAAACAGUAGAUUGUGUCCUUCCAGAGGAGGAAAUCUACUUCUAGACUUCUGGAAUCAGCAUCUCCUCAUCCAUGGUGUCAUCGGGGUGAAAUAACUAAAAACCUUUCACUUGUUUGUCUCCGCUCGUUUGCAUGGUGUGAAAUACGAUCCUCCUGAAACAUGGAGUGUUUUAUUUUGAAAAAAGAAGCCGCAUGUUUUAUUUUGUAUCCGCGCCCGACUUCCUUUCCAGCACGCCCAUCAUGGAUCAUGUGGGUUUUCAGCUUCAGUGUACGUCUGAACUUUCUUAAAGUGACAGUGACCAAUAACAAUAGCCUGUCCAUUACAACUAGCUUUGUUGAUUCAAAACCACACUGAAAAAACUGAACCUGCAUAUAAUCUAAAAAAGGAAAAAAGGGAGUUUGAAUCUAAAUCAAAAAUUCAACAGCAAUCAAAUAAAAAGUGAAUAAGAAAAUCUGAGCCCAUGCCCAGUCGCCAACUUACUCCAAUCAGCCGUGCUCUGAUGAUAGAUUUACAACAGCGUACGAAGACGCUUAAGAGGCGCAGACUUUGAGAUAAGCUGCAUUAAAAGAAAAGAAGAAGAGAUAAUGACCGAGUUCCUGGUCACUCUAAAAUAAGUCAAAUAAGGACCUGAACUCGGACCUGAACUUCUCUGACGGGGGCUGAGAUACAGAGACUCGUGGUCAUGUAAAUCUGAUAAAUACCAACAUUUAAAAAGCUCAUAAUUGUCUCCUAAAUGUCCCGUCCAAACCCUGAAUGAACAUCUAUGGAUCCGGGCUAUAUUUAGACUCAUGACUGGUUCGGCUUUUUACGUGUGCACAUGCUUGGUUUGCGAUUGUGUCCCAUUUGCCUCCAUCAGAUAACAAAGAUCUUUUUAUUAUGUUGAUUGGAAUCAGAUAAUUGGACUCAGCUCCUUGUGUAAUGGCUGAUGAUUUGCUGAUUUGACUCUAGGGCCCGGCCCUUAUAUUCACCAGGGAUCCAUUAGACACACACACACACACACACACAGACACACACAGGCGCGCUGUGUUCACGCUCAGCUCCGGGGUAGAGAGAUUGCUUAUUAAUGGAAGUAGGUCAUUUGCCCCCUCCCGUCUCUCACACAGAGUUAAGGGGAGGAGCUGCACUACGCUGGAGAUUAUCUCAGCAAAGUUAUGCUCUGGUUUUACACCCAAUCCAUGAAUAUGUGUAUUUUUAUACAUAAUCUGUGUGUGUGUGUGUGUGUGUGUGUGUGUGUGUGUGUGUGUGUGUGUGUGUGUGUGUGUGUGUGUGUGUGUGUGUGUGUGUGUGUGUGAAGGUUGUCGCCGCUGCAUCAUGCUGCUCUGAGUGGAAACAAGGAGCUCAUCUCUCUGCUGCUGGAGGCCCAGGCAGCCGUGGAUAUUAAAGACCACAAAGGUAAAAACACACACAGAUUCAUAUCUGAUCAUGAUAAUAAUCUUAAUGUACGACAUAUGUGCACUCGUUUAUAGGAGCACCGCCCCUUUAAUAGAGGCAAAAAUAAAGAAAACAAAAUUCAGAAUUUAGACGUUAAAUCAGUUCUCAUGAUUCUCAGCGACUCUACAUAAAUGUGAUAAAUGAUGAUCAGAUAAUAAGGAUAAAUAAUGAUCGAUAAAUAAUACUAAUACUGGUAUCACGCCAAAACUCUGGCUCGGAGGGUGACUUUGGGUCCGCUGUGUGGCCUUCAGAGGCCACUUUGAAAUAACGCAGAGAAGUGAGAAGAAGAAACUCGAUGGUCGAUGGAAACUAUUUCAAAAAUGACUUUUGAGAAAUUAAAGAAAAAUAAGGUGAAGACAAAAAUGGUUGUUCUUCUCUGUGUUUGCACCAAAAGGACACGGUUACAGGUCUACAUGUGAUGACUCGAGUCUGCAGACUAGAUGUUUGUCACCAUAUGGUAGGAAGUUUUAAAGGGAUAUUCUGGCGUAAAAUUAAUUUAGGGUCAAACACACCGUAACACUGAGUUAGACCCCCCCUCCAGAGGUGAAGGUUGCCGACCGCUUGCUUCUCUAGUUAUACCAACUUAAGUAACGACCGCAGGAUAGCAAACCACACACUCAACCACAACGCCACUCUAUAGCCACAAAUAAUGCUCAGAACAGCACCUAACUUCAUCAACAGUACAUAUAGGGUCCCAGCCAUAGUACUAGACACCAAACACCUUUUUAGCUUUGACUAAUUUCUUUAGCAAAGAGACUAAAAAUAACUCAUAAAUGUUCUUCCAGCAGCCGCUUGUUUGUAACGAGACCUCAGACCAGUCCAUUACAGACUACAGCUGGGUGACACAGCUCAAGGAAGAACAUUUAUGAGCUUUAUGUUCAAGUGGCUGCUGGAAGAGAGUAGGUGAGUUGUGUUUAGUCUCUUUGCUAAAGAAAUGAGUCAAAGUUAAAAAGAUGUUUGGUGUCUAGUACUAUGUCUGUGACCCUAUAUGUCCUGUUGAUGAAGUUAGGUGCUGUUCUGAGCAUUAUUUGUGUCUAUAGAGUGGCGUUUUGGUUGAGGUUUGUUUGUGGCUCCUCAGACCGCUGUGUAUUACUAUCGUGCGAUCGUUACCAAAGUUGGAAUAACUAGAGAAGCAAGCGGUCGGCAACAUUCAUCUCUGGAGGGGGUGUCUUUCAUAGUCCGGUGAAACUGCAGUUUGGUGUUAAAGACUCUCAUCGUCUCUUCUGUGGGGACCACACGUAGAUCUCCUUUCUGUGGGGGUUUUGGUCCAAAAGGGUUCAGGAACAGACCACCUGACCGUAAACAGGGUUUGAAAAACCAGGAAAACAAACACACUCCUGAUUCUGCCUGUGUUCCUAAUAAAACCUCCUUACGUAAUAAAAGGUGAGCCUGUAGGAGAAGCAAUAAAAUAAAUAAAUGAAUGAAGUAUUCAGUGUUUACAAGAAGUGACAGAUCUGUGUGCACAGCAAACAAUAGACAACGGAGGAGAAGAAGGAGAAGAAGAAGGAAAGUGUUUGUGGCAGCAGGACUGAGAGCCAAGAGGAAGCAGAGCAGCAAAUAUCCACAGCUCAGACGGCCAGAUCCCACAAGAAGAAGAAGAAGAAGAAAAAGAAGAAAUCUCAGGGCAGAUGGGAGAUGUAAUCCCACCAGGAAGUAGGCUAUGCCAUCUCUAAACUCACUCAGUCAUGCCCAGAGCGGCUCUAACCCAGGUUUACAACGGGCCCUCAUCCUCACCACUCACUUCCUGGUAAAGGUCAAACCUGAAACUUCUUCUCCCACACAGAAGAACUUAGACAAAGUCCAGUUCUGACCAAUAGGAGCUGUCCGGGACGGAUGGCUCCCAUUGGUCAAUGUUUUUGCAGCCCUGCACCUGCUAGGGUGAACGGAUUUUUUCCAUUUCUUUUCUCUUCACUUUGUGGAGAUCGCACUUUGGGACUAUGAGCGCCAUAGAAACGAGGUUCAUAAUAAUUAUUAAUCUCUACAAUCGUCAACCAUGACUUUAAGGUCUCUGCCUGGAGGCUCAUGGGAAGUGUUUAAGGGAAUUUCCAGAGAAGUAAAAAACUCCUGUCCGCUCUUUUUGAUUGUGUUUGAUGUUGAAAUAACAAACCGGUGGUUUGUUGAGCAACUUUUUCCCGAUAAGAGUAUUUUUUUACUUGGCGCUCUUAUCGGCGUGUUUAUAAAAGCCACACAGGAAACAUGAAUCACAAACUCUCCACAAUAGAGCUUUCAGACUGUCAGGAUAGACCAUCCCAUUGACUACGGCACAGAAAAUAGGUCACGGCACCUCUGGCAGUCCUCCAAGAACUUCCUGGUUCAUCCGCUUCACUGUGCCAGUCUUCAGAGAGGUCCGUCUCUUUCUGGGCCCGGUCUGAAGUCUGGAGUCCUCUCUUCACUGGAGGCUCAGUGAGUCUGCUGCCUGGUAAUCUUCUCCCAUCACAUCUUUUCAUACACUCAGGCUGCAGCUUCUGUAACUCCAACAGCCGCUGUGUCUCUUCAUCCUGCCAGCACCACUCAUCUGAGUCAGGACUCCCUCAUGCCAGCCAGGCCUGCAGGGCCUCUUUAUUCAACUCCACGAUGUGGCUCAUCGCUGGUAUCAAGUCUGGAGGUCUUGGGCUGCUGCCAUCAGAAAUAUGCUCAUUGCUCCUCGAAGCCACGGCUCAAAAGUGGCGUUUAAUUUCUUGAAGUCAGAGCCUCUUAAAACACUCGGCUGUGGAUUCUUGUUCUGAACUCAGGUGAACUUUGCUCUACCUUAGAUUUCCUGCACAGCUCCAGGUCUCAGCUGCUCCCUACAUCCUCCAGUGAGGUCCUCUAGGGACUUGUUAGACCACUUAAAGGGGAUUUCUUGCCCUUUGUCUGAGGCUGUUUGUCUCCAGUGUCCCACGAGUUCAGCACUUUCACAAACAAUACUCCAACGGUCAGGAAGGUCAGAAACUUGUCAGGCACAACAAGAAGACUACAUUUCCAGGAGGGAUACUGAGAGUCUGAGCGAAACAGUCUGCUGCUACAGCAAAACAGGAAUGUUUAGAAAGUGUCUCAACAGGAUGUCUAAAAAAAUUCACUCUAGAUUAGUCGAUCCAUCGUCAGAAAACAGGAAAAAAACUCCAUGAAAACUUCCGAGAGCCACAGGGUCGUCACUAAAGGUCCUGAUCUGUGCCAAAGCAGACCAAUAAAUAUUUCACUACCAUGUCAGACAUAGAAAAGACCAAAAAACAGUUUUUUUUUGUUUUGUUUUGUUUAACAUAAACUGCUUUUUCUUCAGAGUCGCAGAUUCAUUUUGAGUCAUGAGACGAACUUCUUUCAGAACCAAAACCUGCAAGUUUCAGACCAACAUUAGAUUUUACUGCAGAAGUGUGCAAACCGUUUAAGUUUAAUAAAGUCACAAUUAACUGUAGGUACAGAUAGUAUAAGUUUAAUAAAGUCGGAGUUAACUGUGAACCGAGUGCAGAAACUGUAUCUGUCUAUAACGACGACAAAAACCGAGUGUGUGUCUUUGCGUGCACUCAUGUGUCUUUACACUCUCUCGUUUGUCUUUGUGCAUGUGCUGGUGUGUGUGCUGUGUGUCUGUGUUUUAUUGUGCUGUCAUCUCUGGCUGUGUGUGUGCUUGUUUGUGUGUGUAUAUGUGCAGGGAUGCGUCCUCUGCAUUACGCUGCAUGGCAGGGGAAGACUGAGCCAAUGAAAAUGCUGCUGAAGGCAGGCUCGUCUGUCAACGGGCAGUCAGACGAAGGACAAAUCCCUCUCCACCUUUCGUCUCAGCACGGACACUACGACGGGGUAACUGUGCUGGUGUAUAAAGUGUGUGUGUGUGUGUGUGUGUGUGUGUGUGUGUGUGUGUGUGGUUGUGUGUGUGUGUUCCUCUGUUAAGUGUGGCUGAUGAUGCAUGCAUGAUUUGUGGUUGUUACUGGUGAGGGAGCUCAGAGGAAGCAGUAAAAUAAGUGUGUGUGUGUGUGUGUGUGUGUGUGUGUGUGUGUGUGUGUGUGUGUGUGUGUGUGUGUGUGUGUGUUGCAGUCGGAGAUGUUGCUACAACACCAGUCUAAUCCGUGCAUCUCAGACGCGGCGGGGAAAACGCCGCUGGACCUCGCCUGUGAAUUUGGACGAGUUGCAGUGAGUUGAUUUUACUGACUGUAGAAAUGAAGGUGUGUUUUAACUGGAGGGGGACAGGGGGCACUCAGGUGAGCUCAUGCAUACCUGUGACCAGAAAGUCACAUGUGGCGCUUUAUUUACGAUUGUCUGUGUUGGUUUAGUUUUCGUUUUUCUGCAGCCAUUUAAAUGUGAAGCAGAUAAACUGUAUGUCUGAAAACAUUAAAAAAUAAGUAUUGCCAAUUAAAACAGAAGCUUAAAAACACAUGAACCGUGCUCUGUGGGACUACAUCAGGACGUUCAUGCUGUCUGUUUGUGUUUUAGGUGGUCCAGCUCCUCCUCAGCAGUAACAUGUGUGCCGCCAUGCUGGAACCUAAACCAUCUGACCCCAACGGAGUGUCACCUCUGCACCUCGCUGCAAAGAACGGACACAUCGACGUCAUAAAGUCUGAGAUCCUCACCGUUUUCUCCGUAUUUUACAGCUCUCAGAGCUGAUAGAACCAGGAUUAUAUUCAUUCUGUAGAACCAGGAUUAUAUUCAUUUUAUAGACCCUGGAUUAAAUUCAUUCUAUACAACUAGAAUUAUAUUUGUUCUGCAUAACCGGGAUUAAAUUCAUUUUAUAGAACCUGGAUUAAAUUUAUUCUAUAAAACUAGGAUUAUAUUCAUUUUAUAGAAACAGGUUUAUAUUCAUUCUAUUUAUUCUGUAGUGCCAGGAUUAUAUUGAUUCUAUAAAACCAAGACUAUAUAGUUACUAGGUAGAACCAGGAUUAUAUUGAUUCUAUUGUAGCAGGAUUACAAUCAUUCUAUAGAACCAGGAUUACAGUUAUUCUAUAGAACCAGGAUUAUAUUGAUUCCAUAGUACCAGGAUAACAAUUAUUCUAUGGAAACAGGAUUAUAUUUAUUCAUUAAAACCAGGAUUAUAUCUAUUCUUUAGAACCAGGAUUAAAUUCAUCAAAUAGAACCAGGAAUCUAUUUAUCAUAGAACCAGGAUUAUAAUCUGAUGAAUGUAUGAGGUCUGUCUGAGUGGUCAGAGAUUCAGAGUUUCUUCAGAUGAACUUUAAUAACAGUUGACGAUGUUUUGUUGUCAGUUUGGUUUUCAUCUGUCUGUCAUUGUCGUGCAGAUUGAGUUUAGUGUCAAUGUUCACUGGUGUCUCCAGGUUGCUCAUCCAGGCCGGCAUUGACAUCAAUAGACAGUCAGAGUCCGGCACGGCGCUACAUCAGGCCGCCCUGUGUGGGAAAACAGAGGUCGUACGCCUGCUGUUGGAUGUAAGACCGCCAUCCCGCCUGUCUGUUUCUCUGUCUGUCUGUCUGUCUGUCUAAUGUGUUUACAAUCGCAGUUGUUGUUAGCCUCCCCGUCUGCAGCUGAGAAAUUUUCCACCUCAGCUCUUGGCGUCUGUCCCGGUGAUCUGUGGGAUGAAGCCUGUGGGAUAAGUCUGCCUGUUAUAUAAAACACUGUAGCCGUCUGAACAGCCGCCGUACUGUCAUUAUCAAACCGGCCCUGUUCCCCCGCCCCCCCCCCCGUCACGUCACCUCCAUAUAAAGGGGGAUUAUGCUUCCGAACACGUCCGGUUGUAUUGUUCUCCAUUUGAAUGUAAUUGAGUGGAUUCACUGAACAAAAUGGCAAAUCCAGCACCUUCAUUUCCGGUGUUUGUUUCUGCUUUAUGCUGCAGGAGAGGCGAAUAUCACGCUGACGGUGCCGGACAUUUAUAGGUUACAAUUGUCUCCACCUGAAUUAAGAAAUUAGAAUCUAUUUUCUCUAAAUGUGGAGAAAAUGUGAAUGUAUUGAUUCUUUACUCUUUCUCGUUGUAAAAGAAACAAAAAAAAGAUAUUUUUAACUUGACCAAAGUUGGCUGUUCAGAGACAUAUAGUGCGAUCUUUUUUCACUUUGUGAAGAUCGCACUAUAGGACUCAAUGGACUCAAACCCGGGUUACCUCAGUGAAGGAUCUGUGUACCUCCUCCUCCACCACUGUCCGCUCCGUGUUAGUCGCUGUGAGGCAGACCGACACCGAAUGAUCUCUGUUAAAAACGCCGUGUGACAGACAGGGUGUCACACUGCAGCUUCGAUCACCUUUUCCUCUCCUCUUCCCUCCAGAGCGGCAUCAGUGCAGGAGUGAGAAACACUCUGAGCCAAACCGCCCUGGACAUUGUGAACCAGUUCACCACCACACAGGCCAGCCGUGAGAUCAAACAGCUGCUGAGAGGUGAGCACAAACACGCCUCUACUGACUGAAAAUCUCACUUCACCGCUUGACUCAAAUCAACCUCGCUGUUGACUCGCACUACCAACCCGUGUCUUGUAGAUGCUUCAGCGGCGAUGCAGGUGCGCGCUCUGAAGGAUUACUGCAACAACUACGACCUCACAAGCCUCAACAUCAAAGCUGGAGACAUAAUCACGGUAAUAAAUCCAGUUUUCAUCACAGAUCACAACCAACUUUCUGAACACGGGCCUAAAAUGCUGCACGAAAAAAAGGCGAUAUAGUGAAUUAAACCAUAAAGACUCAAUUUAGUGAGAAUGAAUUUCUGUCAGUCAAUUAUCAGUUAACUUACAUCCAUAAAGCAGCAAAAUGUUUAUUAUGUUAUAAUGUUAGGUCCCAUAUAUGUUGACAUAUGAUGUGUCCCGUCCUCUGAGCCCCCAGAAUUCAGUUACAGCUGAUCACCACCGUUCAGAAAUAUCAGCUGACAGUCGCCUGAGCUGUCAGGUGAACUCGCCAGAGUCCCGUUAUUUCCUGUUGUACAGCCCAAAUGGUGUCUUAUAUGAACUGUUUUACACACUGAUAAUGUUUUAAGAUCCUUUUUGUGUUGUACAUUAAAUUAAUAUAUCAGAGGUCAGGAAGAGCGGAUAGAGCUUAAUAUCAGUUAUGUGGAAAAUCGUGAUUUGACUUUAAGUUGAUUGGCUUCCUCACCUGCAGCUCUGGUGCAGAAAGGCUCAUGAUUAAUUAUUAAUUAAUGUAAAAUGUAAGAAUAUUUCAAAUAAAGACUUUAGUAGAUUCAGAGGAAUUUAAUCAAAUUUUCAACGACUAAAAAAGUCCAACGAAGAAUGUUUACAUGCUAUUAUUCUGCUUCUCUUAACUACGUCUGUGUGUGUGUGUGUGUGUGUGUGUGUGUGUGUGUGUGUGUGUGUGUGUGUGUGUGUGUGUGUGUGUGUGUGUGUGUGUGUGUGUGUGUGUGUUAAUGGACAGGUAUUAGAGCAGCACUCUGACGGCCGGUGGAAAGGUUGUAUUCACGACAACCGCACAGGAAACGACCGUGUUGGUUACUUUCCCUCCAACAUGGUGGAAGUCAUCAAGAGGGCAGGUGACCACCCGUAUCACAGCUGUGUGUGUGUGUGUGUGUGUGUGUGUGUGUGUCUGUCUGUGUGUGUUUGUGUGUGUAUGUGUGUGUGUGUGUGUGUGUGUGUGUGUGUGUGUGUGUGUGUCUGUGUGUGUGUGUGUGAGUUCAGCAGCUGUUCUGUUGCUCUAGCUAACCAUUAGCUGUAGCUAGCUGCAGCGUCAUCGGCGUCUUUAGGUCGUCCGUCCAUUCCUCCAGCUGUCAAUCAUCACUGUAGAUAAAGUACCGCCCCCUGCUGACCCCUCCCCCCUCCCUCCGUCACACCCUCUAACCCACUUGCUCUGCUAGCUUGUGAUUCUUGUGUUCAUAUUGUUUGUUUGCUUCGUUGCCGUGGUGAUAUUAUAGUUUGAUUUGUAGAGGUAUCUUCCCCCUUGGAUGUUUUCUUUUUUCAUAUUUUGAUUUUAAUCAAUUAUUAUUUUGUACAUGAUUAGAUUUGUUUUGUUUCAAGUUGACUGAUCAGUUGUUGUUGUUGUUGUGUUGUUGUUGUUGUUUUGCACCCCCCCACCCCCUCCCCCGGCUUGUGUCCAGGUCACUCCCCCUCCCUGCAGUGCCACACCCUCCUCCUUCGCAGGCCCAACCCCUGCCCCCCCAUUACCUCGGCCAACGGACACUCAUACCCCCCCUCCAAAGUCCUCCCCCUGCAUCUGCCUUCCCCUCCUCCCUCCCAUCCCAGCACACAGUCCCCCCCUCGGUUCUCCUCGUUUGGGUACGUUCCUCUCCCCAUCUCUCCUCCUUCUCUGUCGACUCCUCCUCCUCUGUCCACUCCUCCUCCUCCUCCUCCUCCUCCUUUCUCCACUUCUCAGGAGCAGCAGAGUCAGACAGGUACAUACUGUAGACUCACUUCCAAUCACAGAUAAGAAUCCUUUCCUCUUUGUUUGACUAGACCUCAGAUGUUGACCGUGAUCCGCCCCUCACUGCAGCUACAUAUUAACAUGUAUUUUACACGUGUGGGUGUGUGUUAAUGUAUGAAAAUUGUGUAUCUGCAGCCAAAUUAAAGGAUCAAUUCACCCUGACCACAGAAAGCUUUACCUCCCGCUGACUGUGAUGAGAGAAACCUGCUUCAGUUUUCUCUUUGGUUCGUUCACAGACCAGACUGUGGAUUAAAUUCACUGAUAAAGUGCUUCAGUAGAAAAACUUCCGCUGACUGCUGUCGUAUCAAUCAAUCAAUCAAUCAAUCAAAUUUUAUUUAUAUAGCGCCAAUUCACAACAGUCGUCAUCCCAAGACGCUUUUCAAAGAACAAGAGCAGGUCUAGACCACACUCAUUGUUUGAUGAAUUAUCUCAGAUCAAGAUGACGUUUGACUUUUGAGAAACUAGAUUGAUUUGAAAGUCCUCCCUCAUCCCAGGACAAGACUUUAACGACUCUAAUGGAGGCAUAGACGUCAGUGUCAGAUUAUCAGGCCUGAUCAAUCAGUGGUUUACUAAUGAAGGUAACCAGCUGACUUACAUGUCGUCAUCUACUUCUAAGAUUGUUUAAAGGUUUAUGUGAUCCACCUCACCGGCUGUGUGAGAGAAACGUCUAAUCAAAUGAAAACUAAGAGUCCUCUUCACCGCUCUCAAAGUGGCGAGGAAACUUUUUGUGGGCAUCAGACAGUCAGCUCCUCCCACAUGAUCGGUGCUGCAGUCGUAGCCACACACUUCAGUACAGGCUAGCUAGCUGUCUUAUGGGACUGUAUAUAGAAUGGACGCCAUCUGCCUCCUCGCUGGGUGAAGCCACCACGAGAACAGCACCCUCUGGUGACGGGCUGCAGUAUAGGUCAUAAAUCCCGCCUACUUAUGGAGCUGUGGACAAACUUUAAAAAUUAAUGACACAGAAUAUAAAUGUUUCUCCCCCCUGAUUGUGAUGUUGAUGUGUAGUUACUGUCAGACUAGUUUGUGCUUAAGUCCUCUUUUUUCUGUACAGCUCCGUUUUUGGGGUUGAUGUUUUCUUUGAUUGACACUUGAUACAGCCUAUGCGAGUACAAAGAUUGCGUAGAUCACCCAGGGGAUAUGCUGUUUGAGCCGAGCGUCAUCACAGCGACUUUCGGUGACUCUCCCGCUGAAUGCGUACAACGCUACUGCGCAAGUGUUGGUUUCAGGAAGUGAAGAAAUAACGCAGAAUUACCGAGAGCUUUUCAGCUUCAAAUCCAAACAGUGGCAGAAGGCGGAACCGAGUUGCCCAGAGUAUAUACAGUCUAUGGACAUAUUCAGCUGCUAACUGAGGUCUAACUACGGCCCCUCACUCUGAAUCUGCCUGCCUUAAAACACGUCCUCAAACACGGUAGAAAUUAACAGCCGUUUCCAUGGAUACAGGCUGUGUCAGAAACUGUCGAGAUACAGGCAUGCACUGCAGGAAGAGUGCUGAUUAUACAGCCGAGUUAACCGUUGUUAACCGGAGUUGUGGAGGAAACAAACAAGAUGAGAAAGAGACACAACUCAAAGUCCCUGUGAGGAGCUGAAAUUAUCAGUGAUGCCUCUUCAAGACAAACAAAAGCACACGAGGCCGCGAUCGAGGAGACUGACAGUUUCUUUAUUGGAAGAUUAAACGCCUGUUUCCACCGUGAGGGAGGAGGUGUCAGAUUCAACUUUUACAGCGCUCUCAGAAAACAGCUUGUUUGACUUUUUCUGCAGCAAAUAUUCACAGUGAGAGAAACACACCGUAACAAGAAACCCAACCUGCAGGUACAGAAGAGGGAGAGGGAGCAAAUUGUCCACAGGGGGCGCCAAAAUCAACAUGAACAGAGUUUUCACUGGAGCUUUGAGGGGUGUCUCAUUAAGUUGGAAGUUUUUAAACUGAAGUGAUGAGAGAGUUUGUGAAAAAAUACUCCAUCUCUGCACGUUUUAAAACACAUUUUCCCCUGAGCAUCUGCGCAGUGCAGCUGACUGUAAAAGCCUUCUUGUAAUUUGGGUGAAGUGACCCUUUAAGUGAAGCAUUCAUAUUUAAAGGGCACAUACUUCACAUGCUGUUACCAUCAUGGAAAAUAUAUGAGAGACUUUUGAAUAUUUCAUGAGGAUUCGGCUCGGUCUUGAACCUUCGGAUUUUCAAUAUCAAGUCAUGUGAUGCGUCCGAACGUCGGUUCAGACAUGCUGUUUACUUUGUUCAAUGAUACACAGGAUUUCUUCAUGCCGAAAAUCUCAGUCUGAAACUAAUGACAGUUUAUUCAAGGGUAUGAAAACAGCAGAGAGGAAUAUCCCAUAAUGCAAUGCACAGUGUAAGGGUUAGGGUUCAGAGAGGAUUCAUGUGUUAAUACAGGAGUGACUCACUGUGAGCCUGGGUGUCUGAUGGUGCUCAAUUAUAAACUGUAUCUAUCGUAAAGCAUACAUACAUUAUAUAUGUUAUACAGUAUAUAGUUUAUGUACUAAUUAGUAUCAUUUAAUAAGCAUUAAGUGGUCUAAUCCUGGCUGUAAGAAUGGUCUAAAAUAAGAAAGGUGUAACAGCAGUCACAGAUGUGUGUUUGUGGGUUUUUGUGUGUGUGUUUGUGCAUGUGUGUGCAUGUGUGACAGGUUCACGGACCGCAGAGCUGAGUCCUCAAGGCUCUCCAACUCUGGGACAGCAGAGCAGCACCAGCGAGGAUAUCUGGGUGUUACGCAAACCUCUGGCAGGUAAGUGUUUGUCUGUGGUGUGUUGUGUGGUUAUUUCAACAACACUGUCGUUCCCUUUACGAAUAAGUAGUGUGUGUGUGUGUGUGUGUGUGUGCAGGUGGCGAGCGCAGCGGCAGCGUGGGCAGCCUCGGCAGCGUUCGCUCUACCAGCAGCUUACAGGGUUCUGGAAACACACAUGUUCUGACCACACCUGCUCCGAGUCCACUUCCUGCAAACACACCAGGAGUCAACACACAUGGCCUUAACGCCCCGGGUCUGCACGCACAAGCUGAGGGCGUCAAGGUAAGACACACACACAUGCACGCACUUCUGGGCAUGAGUGUACAGUGUGUGUUACCGGUACAGCUAAAUGAAGGUAUGAUUUCUGGGAAACUGUGAAACAUUUCCAGGAAGCCUCGCUACCAGAUAAAACCACAACUCUGCUUCCUGACGAGUUUUACUUUCACUUAUUUUACAUGAAAGAACAGCAGGUUCAAAACCGCAACCUGGAUUUAUCGACUGCAGACGAUAUUUAUUUAAAACCACCAAGAGCAACCUUCCUGAACCAUAUUCUGUAACAAGAUUAACAAGCAGCAUCCAACAAUAUGUUCAGGCAGGGAAUUCAAUCAUGCAAAAAAAGCUGUUCAGAUGUUGAUCACCUGCAAAUGUCAAGAGGAAAAAUCACACCUAAACAAAUCCUGAAAUGAGUGUGGCCUUGUCCGAGCUUCAUCUACAUUACAGUUGUAUUUUUCAUCAUCCAUCACUGCAUAACGACGCUAUAUGAUGUUUGUCUCUGUGAACAGCUGCUAACUCCUGAGUACUUCUGCUGAAGUCUGCAGUUAGACAGACCAUUUCUUGGUCGAUUUUUUCCCCUCAGAGUCUAGUCCGUUCACCUUCAGCUUUCAGGAGGAUUCAGUCACACAGUAAACUCAGUUCCGGCGUAAAACUAAUUUAGGGUUAAACACACCGUAACACCCCCUCCAGAGAUGAAUGUUGACGACCGCUUGCUUCUCUAGUUAUACCAACUUUAGUAACGACCGCAGGAUAGCAAUACACAGCGGUCUGAGGAGCCAUAAACAAACCUCAACCAAAACGCCACUCUAUAGCCACAAAUAAUGUUCAGAACAGCACCUAACUUCAUCAACAGGACAUAUAGGGUCACAGACAUAGUACUAGACACCAAACAUCUUUUUAACUUUGACUGAUUUCUUUAGCAAAGAGACUAAACACAACUCACCUACUCUCUUCCAGCAGACGCUUGUUUGUAGCGAGACCUCGGGCCAGUCCAUUACGGACUACAGCGGGGUGACGCAGCUGAAGGAAGAACAUUUAUGAUCAUUUCUUCAUGGAAAUACAAUCAGACCGAGACGCUAAGGCAGAAGAACUGCUGCGUCUGCAAAAUGAUUAUUAUGAUGAUUAUUACUUCAAGGAAAUGAUAAAGAAAUGAUCAUAAAUGUUCUUCCUUGAGCUGCUUCCCCCCACUGUAGUCCAUGAUGGACUGGCCUGAGGUCUCGCUACAAACAAGCGGCUGCUGGAAGAGAGUAGGUGAGUUGUGUUUAGUCUCUUUGCUGAAGAAAUUAGUCAAAGUUAAAAAGAUGUUUGGUGGCUAGUACUUUGGCUGGGACCCUAUAUGUCCUGUUGAUGAAGUUAGUUGCUGUUCUGAGCAUUAUUUGUGGCUAUAGAGUGGUGUUUUGGUUGAGCGCGUGGCUCUCUGUAUUGCUAUCCUGCGGUCGUUACUAAAGUUAGUAUAACUAGAGAAACAAGUUGUCGGCAACAUUCACCUCUGGAGGGGGUCUAACUCAGUGUUACGGUGUGUUUGACCCUAAAUUAAUUUUACGCCAGAACAUCCCUUUAAGUCUGACUUUUUUUUUAUUACAUCAGCUCUAAAAACAGAACUUCCUUUAAAAUCCACUCACUUUUUGAGACCGGCAGCUUCCAGGUAAUAAACUCUGUGGGUCUCUGCAGUAGAUCUGGUCUUCACUGCGGUCCAGUCUUAUUAUCAGAGUCGCCUAUUCGGGACAGUGUAUCAGUGGAGAUGACAAGUAUUUUUAGAAACCAUUUAAACGGGCGGUAUUUCCCUAUUAUUCUGGACAGACAGCGUUUAUUCUCAGAUCUUAUUCUGGGAUGUGUGAUGAAUCAUUACUGCAGGAAACGGAGGAGGAAGAGGGUCACAGGCCAGAACCAGUCUGUUUGAUGCUCACUUAGUCCACCGUGCUGAGUCACAGGACACCCCUAGGAUUUGAAUGAUAAUGCUCGAGUAAAUGUGUGUGUGAUUGUGUGUAUGAGCCCACUUACAUGUGUGUGUGUGUGCUUUUGUGUUUUAGCUCCUGGCCACUGUGCUGUCUCAGUCGGUAAAAGCCAAGGAGCAUCUCUUGGAGCAGUCGCAGUCUGUUGAGCAGUCAGCAAGUAAGCAUGCACACACACACACACACACACACCAUUGAAGUGAAAUAUUGUGUCAUUGUCUAUUCACGCUGCCGUCUGCUUGGUGAUUUUAAAGAGAGCUCCAGUUUGUCCUCAGCAGUGAGUCAGGGAUUUAAUCAGGCCGCUCUGUCUGUGGUGAAGGGACAACAAUUAAAACAGACCAGGGAGACGCUCAUCAGCACCACAGUCCCUUAAGGCUUGUUUGGAUCACUGGUUUUGUGAAUGAGGUUUUCUUAAGUUCACUUUAACUAGACCUGGUACUCUAAAGACCACCUGUCUGUUCAUAUCAGACUCAGAGUAUUUACCGCCCACGCCCUUAACCCAUUAAGACCUGAACCCUGUCUGAGACACGCCUCUGAAAUCCUGAGGGCAGUUUUUGAGAAGGGCCCCCAGAUCCUGAGGUUUACAUAAAAGGUGGUAUCUCAGCCUCUGUAGCAGAUACAAACAAAAUUCAAAAAGUAUUUGAGAGCUUAUACAUGUGGCUUUUAAGAUAACUAUCUUUUAUUUUUCCAAACCUUCAUCACAUUAUUGAAAAUCUUGAACAAACAAACUCAAAUGAAAUAAAGCGGCUGUAUAAAUAAAAGUAAAGACUCUGCACUGGAGAAUAACAAACUACUCGCUCUCUGUAAAACAAGUGGCAGUCAUGAUAAAGUGUCCAUUCAAUACAAAUGUAAAUAUAAAAAAUAAAGUGUUGAAAGGGUAUACAGCUGCCCUAGUAUAGUGCCAGGACAAAAGCAGCACUAAAAAAUAAGUGGCUGACAGUGUGUUCAUCUCUGUGCUCACCCAAAGUCAUGAAAACACUCACAGAAAACACAGAUAGUUUGAGCCAAAGCAUUAAUAUGAAGAGGUUGUUCACACUGCUGGAUGCCUCUCCUCUGAAGCUGCUCUCUGCCUCUGUCAUUGUUUACUUUCCUCUGGAAGCACGUAGCGAGAUCCGAGCAUGAAUCCGGUCACUAUAUUAAGCUUUAUUCGCCUAUCAGAGGCGGACAGGUAUGAUGAUUUCAUUCACCACGACUCCAGAAAUGAAUGAAAAACUACAGAAUGUUACAAAAUGACACAUCCGCGCUCCCGGCUUGAAAGGUUGAAAUGUGUACAUGCUGUCCCGGUUUAAAUGGGUUAAAGAAAGUAUAUUAGCGGGACUGCAGUCAUGAGGGUGAUCAGUUUCAGGGUUUGGGGGUUUCUAGCUCAGAGGACUUUGUGUAUUUGAGGCGGAUUGAAAAAUAUCUAAAACAUGAAACUCCAUGGAAGUAGAAAUCAGCAGACUGUUACUGUUCAUCUUACUGAAUAACUAAUAUUAAUGAUUAAAACGACCUCCAGUUACUUGUACUAUGAUGUUGAAUGUUUAUGGUAGCUUAUGACCUCUGGUGACCUGUCUAAGAGUAGAUACAGUAUGUCUCUAAGGCCGAACCGUUCAACCGUAUUAAAACCUGGAUGACCCCCCUAAAGUGAAGCCAAAAUGUUUACAGUUCCCUCUGUGAUUGGCUGCAGCUCAUGUGAUCGAAGUCUGAGCUGUGUUAUUAUUGUAAAGAUAUAUUAACUGAGUCUACCUUUAAAUGGAUCAGAUAAAUCAGCACAUUUAAGCCUCCUCUGAGUUCAGUGGUAUGUGGGAAGUCAAGUGCUGAAACACCAACAUAGAAGCCAGCCGAGCGUAAAAGCUGUUACCUGAGCUGUUAUCCAUGAAAAACUAAAAUUAGAAUAAAAUCUGCAGAGUUUAUCAGCUGGUUUUCUCCUCAUAGCCUGUGCUAGAUCACCAGGUAACAGAGAUAUCCAUGUUUAUUCAUUUGGUAUUUUAAGCUUCUCCAACAGCCUGUUCAUUUCUGAACAUUUUUUAGUUUUUAGAAUUUCUUUUUAUUGAGUUUUCUUUGGAUGCAUUUCAAUAGCAAAUUUCUGGGCACGAGGGCUUCACUUUAAAUAAAUAUGAUAUAAAUCUGUACAUAUCCAAAUAAAAACAAUGCCAAGAUCAUACAGAAUAAAAUCAUACCAAAAACAAUGACAGUUAAAUAAAACGAGCGCCCUACCUCUGUAAACCACUUCCCCAGUGCACUUCUUGAAUUUCCCUUCAGGGAUAAAUAAAGUUCUUCAUACUGUCUCCAAACACCAAGUGCAAGUAAAAUCAUUCGCACGAAUGAAUUACAUGUUAAGUCAAUGCAAAGACGCGAUUAGACCCUCCUGCUACUCUGGCGGCGCAAAUGACACGAAUUGGGGGGGGGGGGGUGGCCGGUUGGAUGAUGGAGGCCAGUGACUGGAGGGCCAGAGUCUGGGGAGAGGCCGCAGAUGCUUGGAGGGCAGGGGCCAGAGCCUUGGACUCUUUAAUUUUGGCAUUGAAAAAAUUUCUUAUGUCUGUUUUACCUGGCAUCUGUCUUGUCAUUUUGCUGGACUGUUGGUGACUAGCACAGGUAGCAAGGCAAAGGCUAAGGUUAGCUUCUGGGUUUGCUGGGUUACAGCGACGCUGUGUGUACGUAAUGACGCAGGUAACCAAAAAGAAAAAUAAAAAAAACAUCAAGAUAAAUAAUACCUUAAAAAUUUGUGUUGUAUUUCCCACCUCUCUCUGAAAUAAUAUUAAAAAUAAAUCAUUUUAUUAUUUUAUUUUUGUGAUGUUAUUUUAUUAUCUGUGACAAUCUAGGGGAAGCUACCCUAUAAAUUCUGUUGCCUAUGCACACAGGCAUACUGUACGCACUGUAAAUAGGUCUAUAAUGGGAGUGGGAGUGGACUUUAAAUACAGAUUGGAUUAAAAAAAGAGUUUAAAUGGAUCUGUAGGACUUUAUUUGAAUCACCUUUUUUCUUUCUUUGUCUCUCCUUUUCUCCUCUGCAAAGGCUCCUCCAGUUGCACAGUUCAUGAACAGCGUUCGUUUGAUCGGAAGGCAGAGGAGGAUGAUGGGAAAGUGAGUUUUUGGACAGCAUUUUGGUUCCCUCUUUCUGUUACUCCUCAUCUAUUAUUAGACCAUGUUCUGGUUUGAGAGAGAGACGUCUACACGGGUGUGUUCGCUGGGCCCAGUGAGGUGCCAGCCAGCGUGGUUGUGCUGCACCUGAACAGAUGACACACUGAGGAGGGGCAUGUGAGUGUGUCACCAUGGAAACAGGCAGGCAUGACAGUCACACAAGGGAGUCGGUCUUGCCGUCUGUCCCUCCACUCGCCCCCCCGUUCUCACACCACACCGAGACGCCAGGAAGCCACAUGCUGCUCUGCUGUAGAACCUGCCAACAGUGUGUGUGUGUGUGUGUGUGUGUGUUCUGUGAAGCUGUGGGUUAAAUCCACUCUCUGAGAUCUAGAGUCGAACAUCAUCCAGUUACCAGGAGACAGCAGUGUUUCAUCAUGGCGGCGAGAGCAGGAGCGUGUAUCAAUCCCUGAAUUCCCUGCCGAUUCUUAGACUCUAAAUAGUUAAAGGUUGUUUCAGUGUUCAUGUGGUUGACGUUUCCCCUGCAUGGUUUAUAAGAGUCAGUUAUUAUAAGAGCUUAUUUAUAUUGUAUCAGCUUGGUUGACUGUGAUAUGGGCCGAUAUGAGACCUUUUUUAAAAACAUGUGAUGUACCGGGAAAAAAGUUCACUGUAUCGGCUAAAAUAUCCAUCCCCUGUGAAUCCUCCUCCUCUGAUCGGACUGUUAAUACCUGCAGGAACAGUUAAUGGGAUUUUCUCUAUGGUUGUACAACGCCUCACAGGAACUACAGGAGUCAGAACCUCCAACCUCCGCUUUGGGAAGGUUCAUUUACCCUCAGUUUGGACCUCAGUUUGGACCUCAAUAGAACCUCAACGCUGCCAAAAAUAACCUGAAAAACCUGAACCUGAAGCUCAACCCAGAUCCAAACCAUAAAUCCCUGACCCUUUACGCAGAGAGCCAAUGAUGGUGCAUUUUUCCAAAACAGUGUGUGAGUGCUUAGACACCAUGAAUUAGGUCCCAUUAACUUCAGUCAUGACUAAACGAUGGUAGAGACUCAAGCAGCAGAAAAAUCUGUAAGAGCCGUUAAUACUACAAACAUGUCAGAUCUGUUUAAAGGCACUGUGAGGAGCUUUUGUUGUUAGCUUAUUAUACUGACCCCUAUGGACAAAAUCAGAACUGUUAUUCUCUACAUUUCACUACAUUUCCCAUGAGCACCUCGCCCACUCUUUUAAACAUGUAUCCAUUAAUCGUGCAAGGAAAAACGACUUUUUCAUCUCGAUCAUUUUAUAUGGGAAAUACAGAGUUUUUGUGUUUUUUACCAUUAUGAAAUAACAGUGACAUGGUGCACAACAGCUAGGAUAAUCAUAUUUUUUACUGGUCAGGGCUUAAGUUGUUACCUGCAUGUCCGUGUUUGGGGACAGAGUAGGCUGGAUGGAGCAUAAAAUUACAAGGAACUGAGGGUUAAACUUUCUCUUUCGUACGGACAUCCACUUUUGUGGUUGACAAAGACGUUAUCAGAAGACCCGCCUUCUCUUCAUUCUGAUUGGCAGUCGGUCGAGAAGUUGAUCCAUUUUGAACUGAGAGUGUUAUUGGCAGAGCAGCACCAAAAAACAUGAUCCCGAUGACUACUAAACCCUGUCACCCACCGAAGCUCUGCUCAGAGAGUUUCUCCUUUGAAACAAUAUAAAGAUGGCAAAUCUUCAAUUUACAGCUCCUAACCAGAGCCGGCCCAAGCCUCAAUGAAGCCCUAAGCAAAAUUUGAUUUUGGGGCCCUCUAUUUCUGCCAAUAAUAUUGAUUGUUCACACACCUUCACAAAUCUCUUUGAUUAACAUCCCCUGACAUUCAAACAUACCUUUAUCUUGGCGUUUUCUCCUCUCCCUCUUUCUUUUCUCGGCUCCUGAAGGAUAUGUCCUUUUUUACAACAUUGUCCCACAAAUACCUGCGCUUUGGAUGAUCAGUGCACAGCAGGAGGAACAUAACGGUAGCGGAGCUUUAACACAUCAGCAGUAAAAAUCAUGGACCUACAUCAGCUGCAGCACUAAAAUGUUUUCAUUUUAUUUUAUUUUUACAAUAAUAUGUAUUCGAUCGUAUAGAAAGCACCACUCAUACAUGCAAAAAAUACAAAAUAUUUAUUUUUUUUUUUUUUUUUUUGUUGCUCUUGGGGGCCCCCUAUUGGUCGCUGGGCCCUAAGCACGCGCUUAGGCUAUGUUCACACUGCAGGUCAAUUCUGAUUUUUUAACCAUAUGUGACUCAUAUCUGUGUGAACAGUGCAAUUCUAAUUUGUUCUAAUCCAACCCAGGCCUCUUUUGUACGUGGAUAUAAAUCGGAUAUGUAUCCAAUGUGACUGCAGUGUGGAUGCUCAGGCGCGUUCAUCCGACCUAUACGUCAUCAAUAUGCGACAAACGUCACCAUUGUGGUGACAAACAGGCGCGGGAAGCAAUUUGUGUUUUGUGGGUCACUUCACAGACUCAUUCUGUUCCGCAUUCGUUGUUGUAACGUGAACGAUCGCACAAAAAGAUCGGAUUUAACAAAAAAUCUGAAUUGUGCAUCAUAACCUGCAGUGUGAACGUAGCCUUAGUUUGCUUAUGCCUCGGGCCGGCUCUGCUCCUAACAGUGCCUUUAAUACUGCGUACUCAGAUAAAUCCAACUGUAGGACCAUGUUCUUACCCCAGGAAGGGAAGGAUGGUUCUUAGUGUUGUCAACGUCUUGCAGGAUGAUUGUCGUGUUUAAUGAUGGCGGCAGACCUCGCCACACUCUGUUACAGAGCAGGCUGCACUCUGGGUAAAAUGGAUGUUUCUCUGCAGUUUUCUGGGACAGUCUUCUCUCCCGUGCUCUAGAGCGGGCCGCUGUGCCGUGCUCUAGAACAGGUGUGUGCGCCGUGCUCUAGAAGAAGUCCUCGGACUCUUCUAGAAGCAGGCAGUAGUGUUCUGUGUUCUGUGUUCUAGAAGCAGGCAGUAGUGGCGUGGCUGGGUGAGUUUCAGCUGCAGUUCUACACCACCCACUUCCUCACCGCGGGAUAUGAUCUAGACACCAUUAGCCGCAUGACCCCUGAGGUAAGGUCAUGACCCCUGACCCCCUCACGCCCCGCCCCCAUGUCUGUCAAGGCUCCGCCCAGCUCAGCUCUCAAAUCAGCUCCCCGCUGACCUGGAUGAUGCCACCAUGACCCUCCUGUCUCUGUCACCUGACCCCCCGGUGUGAGUCCUGAGCCUCAACCAGUCACUCCUCAUGCUCAGUCUGCUUCAUGUCCUACAUACCUGUGUUCACACGUGUCUUCCAGUCCUGUGCUGUAAACGCCGCUCUGUGCUUGUCCUUGAGUGUGCUUCCAGUGCCAGUGUGUGUUUCAGUGUGUGUGUAUCGAGGCGGACACAGUGCUGUGACGUAAACCGCCUAAAGGCCGGGGACACUCAUGAGAGAUUAUCCACACAGAGUCUUCCUGAAGGCACAUCACACGCAGCCCUAGUACAAAUGUCAAACCAACACAUAAAACUGCUUACAUAUAAAAGAGAAGAGAAAAAAAAACACCUACAGUAGCGGCGCUGAAUUAUUCCUGAUGUGACUAACUCCGCUCUGUGUUGAAGGACCUGACGGCAAUCGGGGUCAUGAAGCCUGGACAUCGAAAGAAGUUGACAACAGAGAUCAGCAAGCUGCCCUCCACAGACUGGCUGCCGGACCACAAGCCUGUGAGGCUCACACACUCACACACACACACACACACACACAGAAAGGGGAGAAGUGGAGUCUGGACAGCUGCACGCACAAAAUCGUACACACAGCUCUGUGGAGUAACAAGAGUGUGCGUGUGACGUCUGUGGGCCCCUGUGGUCCUGUGUGUUUCAGGCCAACCUCGCAGACUGGCUGUCUCACCUGGGUCUCAGUCAGUACUACCAGGUCCUGGUGCAGAAUGGGUACGAAAACAUCGACUUCAUCUCUGACAUCAGCCUGGAGGAUCUGCAAGAGAUCGGCAUUACGAAACUGGGUAAGACACAGCGGUGAUGUUAGCGUCGGAUAAGGAAACCAAGAAGGAAACGAUUGAUUGAUUGAGGUUAAUUUCCAAUAUGCAAACCAAACAAAUAACAAAACAAGAAAAGUAAGGCAAAACAUUUAAACAUAGAAACAUAGGAAUACAUAUUGGAAAAGGAGUGAGAAAAGAAUAACUUCUGAACUACCUCUGAAUAACCUCAUAAUACUUAGGGCUCUAUUUUUGUGCCUCGCCAGAGACGUGGCGCAGGUGCGGUGUAAGUCAGGUCCGCCGCACCGACAAGGCGUUCCCAAGCACAAUUUGGUAUUUUGGUGAGCGGCGCAGCCCAGCGUAAGAAUCCCCCCUCCCUAACUCAGCUCCUCCCAGCGGCGUAAGUCGUAGUGAGGGAGGAGAGAAGGCGUGGAGUGGUUUUAACACAGCCGAGACCUGUUUUAGCCAAUUGACUGAAUCUUUAGAAUCUGUUCAUUAAAACGAUUUGUUCACUGAAUUAGUCAGUGCUUCGGAGCCCCGUCCUGCCAGCACAGUACACCAGUGAUUGACACAGGGGCGAGUUCGUUCAUUGACCGAAUUAACGAAAAUAUCAGUUAUAAAGACAUUUGAAGGACUGAUAUUUACUCCCCCCUUCCAGGUCAUCAGAAGAAGCUGAUGUUGGGGGUGAGGAGACUGAAGGAGCUGCAGAGAGGAGGAAGCAGCUCUGAACCUCCUCAAAGCCCCUCCACCCCUCCCUCCAGUCCAGGGAGCAGCACCGGCUCAGAGUCCCGCAGGGAGGCCAAGAAGUUGAGGGAAGGUACCCCGAGCCCGCUGGCCAAACCUCGCCCGGGUCUCGCACACUCACAGACCCCACCCCUCACACCCACACAAACCCCUCCACAGACUCCCCCACACACCCGCACCUCCCAGCAGCAGGCCUCCCCCAGAGCUCGGCCGCGUCCUUCAACACAGAUGGGAUCAGCGGAGUCCCCGGUCCCCCUGCUCCGUCUGCCCUGUGAGGAGGAGGAGCGUCGGAGGACUCACAGUCUGAUCGGCUCCGAAUCAGACUCUCGAUACGCCACCGUGUGCCGCAGCAGCUCUGCACGGACUGCCGCCUCCAAUGAUGUCACCGUCAACCGAAGCCAAUCGUCCGUCACCCUGCGACCCAGACGAAAAGGGAGGCCCCCGACCCCACCCAAACGCUCCUGUUCUUCCAUUACUGGUGGCGACGGCGAGGAAGAGGCCAAAGUGGAGGGGCUUCUGGGGCUGCCAACCUACCGGGAGCGGAGAGCCAGCGACUGCGGCAGUCUGGGGAGACCUCAAGAGUCAGGAGGUCUGGAGAGAUCCGAGGGGGCUUCUGGGAGUGUCCGCAGCCUUGCAGCAAUGCUGGAAACCUCCAUGGUGGGCGGGGCUAAAACCCUUCCGAGGAAUCUGGGAGGCAGCAACAGCUACCUGCAGGUGGGUGUGUCUAACUUUACAGCCUUGCUUCAACCCCUUCAUAGCUAAUGUUGAUGUGUAACGGUCAUGUGACCUCCAGGUGAGUCCCCCUACGCUUCGACGACAGGCGGGGGCAGGGGGUCUGGGCGCCGAGGAGGAUGAUGUCUUGAGUCGGCGUAGAACCAUCAGCGGCCCAGAAGCUCUUCCUGGUGAUCAGACAGACCCGUCAUCACGUCAACCAACCCAGCCGCGCCCAGAACCCCGUCCUCGCUCCACCGUGGUCGCCUCCUCGUCCACUGAAAUCACAGACGGCACGGCGACGCUGAGAAGGAAGCCACGUCCUCUGGAAACAGACUCUGAAGAACCGGUGUCUGUAGCUACCACUGUUGUUACUAUGACAACCGGCACUGACACCAUACGCAGACGACAACGCACGUCUGAUCAUACGCAAGGUGGAGUUCAAAGCAAUAAGCAAUCACACGCUCCCAGCAGCCAAACAGACAGUAGCCGCAAAACAGGCGGCGAGCUGCAGCAGAACGGGGGCGUGGUCCUGAGGAGGCGGCCGGUGUCCGAAACGUCUGAGAGGGCGGAGACAAACAGGGAGAGCUGCGAGUGGAUGGAGGCCAGGAAGUCUCUGAAGCCGCCGGUCUCCCCGAAACCGUCCACGGUGGUCCUGAGGAAGACGCAAGCUGACCCCCCAACCCCGACUCGUAGGGUCCCCAUACCAGGGCCGGACAACGUGGAGACAACGCCGAGCCCCGGUGAGACACACAAAAACACACAAACACAAACAUGUGUUGAUCUCACUGAUACUCAGGAUGGAAGUUGAUCUUAAAGAGGUUGUGUUGAAUAAAUUUAUUGUCCUCCAAAGACAGAGCAGAUUUAUGGUUUCUGUGUCACGACAGCGUUAAAGUUUUGAAACGUCAUAUUUUGGUGGAGGUCAUCAGGUGGAGUAAAAACUGUUUUUGUGAGAAAAACACGGAAACAGAAGCUGAUCAGCGACAUUUCCAUCGUCUCUUUAUUUCGAUCGUCUCUGGGUUUCUAUCCACUCUCUGUUUCUAUCGUCUCUGUUUCUAUCAUCGCUGCGUUACUAUCGUCUCUGUGUUUCUGUCGUCUCUGCAUUUUUGUUGUCUCUGCGUUUCUAUUGUCUCUGCGUUUCUAUUGUCUCUGUGUUUCUAUCGACUCUGUUUCUAUCAUCGCUGCAUUUCCAUUGACUCUGCGUUUUCGUGGUCUCUUUAUUUCCAUCCUCUCGAUCUUUUUAUUGUCUCUGCGUUUCGACCGAAUCUGCGUCUUUAUUGUCUCUGAGUUUCUCUCGUCACUCAAUUUCUAUCGUCUCUUUGUUUCUAUCGUCUCUACGUCGUCUUUUUGCUGUUUUCUUUGGCUUUUUUUUGUGUUUUUGUAUUUUCUUCAGCUAUGUUAUCGUCUCUGCUUUUCGACCGAAUCUGCGUCUUUAUCGUCUGAGUUUCUGUCGUCUCUAAAUUUCUAUCUUCUCUGCCUUUCCGUCCUCUCUGUGUAUCUAUUGUCUCUGUGCUUUUAUCGUUGUCACGUUUCCAUCGUCUCUGCGUCUCUGCGUUUCUAUCGUCUCUGCUUCGUCUUUUUGCCGUUUUCUUUGGCUUUUUUUUGUAGACAUGUUUUUGUGUUUUUAUUUUCUUCAGCUGUGAUUCAGACAGAAACUGUUGCACUUCUGUUUCUCUGAUUUCGAUGUUUGGCUAUCGGACACUUCCAGAUUGGAGCUUUAAUGAAAUCACUCGUAAUGAGGUUUCCUUAUUUUAAAGACAUCUGUGGGGAUAAACUGGAGCUGAAUAAUUAGUCAUAAGUGGAUUUACAGAGAGGAAAUCUUCAGCCGUUGUUUUUUUGUAAAUCCUGUUGAUGCCUCAGCUCUUCAAUUAUGAGGAUUUGUUUUCUUUCCUUUUGUUUUAGACCGUUUUAGACGAGAUGUUUUUGUGACUGAUUGGACAGAGGACAGAAACAUACAAAGUAAAUAAAGGUGAUAGUGUGAACAGAAGACUAACUAAUUCACCAACAAAUCCAGAGAGAGAAAAGAGUUCCUGUUCGAUCCACCGUGUUUUAACGACAAACUCCAAAUUAAGUGUCUGACCUUUUGCUCUGUAUGAAUUCUGUCUGACUGGCAGCUAAAUAAAAACUGUCGUUCUUCUCUCUGUUCCCAAACCAGAGCCAAAGCGUGUCCCUCCCCCGGUCUCCCCCAAACCCCGCGGGCCUCCUACAGCUCCUAAACCCGGCAAAGCAAUAGUAGCUUCAGCUACAAAGAGCCCGAGUCCUGCUGCUACCAGUCCAGCUGCAGCCAGCCCCACCCCGGCCCCCAAACCCUCCUCUCCUCCCUUCACUACUCCUCUCCCUGCUCCUGAAACCACCUCUGGACCUUCACUCUCCCCAGGACUCCCCCUUACCUCCCCUUCUCCCGCCCAGAGCCCCUCGACACCCUCUCCACAUCCUGUCAAGCCUCCCCGCUCCUCCAUCGCCGGCCUCUCCAUCGAUCUAGUAGGAGGACGGGAAGCGGAGGAGGAAGAGGAAAGGAGGAAAGAGGAGGAGGAGAGACGGAAAGAGAAAGAGCUAAAGAGGCAGAAGGAGCAAGAGGAGGAGAGGAGGAGAGCAGAGGAGGAAGAAAAUGAGAGGCAGGUGGAGGGCCAAGCAGAAGAGGAGGAGGAGAAGGAGGAGGUGCAGCAUCGUCUGGAGGAGACCAGCGCCUCCUUGGCUGCAGCUGUGCGGGCUGUGGAGCAUAAAAUCGAAGAGGAGGACGCACAAAACGAGUGAGUUUGGACAGAUAACCUGCAGUUCAUCCAAAAAUCCACCACUGACCUUCAGCUAGCAUCGCUCAGAGACAGGGCUGCCAAGUUUCAGAAAACGACACGAGUGAGACUUUAGCGUUAUGACGAGUUCGGCCACGCAGCGAACAUUUUUCGCCUUUUUCAGACUGAUGUCCUCACCUCCAUGCCAGCUGCUCUCCCUAAUGCUCGUCUUAAUUAACCAGAAAUUAGAAAUGAAAAUUGUAGCAAGAAUUUUGACAAAAUCAAUUAUUUGUCAAUAUUGCAUAACAUCGGGUGGGUUUUAAAGAUCCAACAAAAACUCGAUGUUUCAGUUACCAAGUCGGAAAAAAGCUAAAUCGGAGGCGGAAACAAGAUAGCUACAUUCACGAAAGUUAUUUUAACGCUUGCUUAGUCCGAAAAAAAAACUCUAAAGUAAUUUUCGUAGAUGUAGCCAUCUUGUUUCUGACUUGGUAACUGAAACGCUGGUAACUCAGGUGUGACGUCAUUUUCAGCUCCGACAUCUGACUUCCGAGGUUACUCGAACGCAGCAUUAGGCACAAAGCACUGAUGGAUCGGUCUGGGAUUGGUUAUCUCGGUCAGCCAAUCAGAGUUACCGUAGUUGUCACACUAUAAGGCACACUUAAAAUCCUUUUGGCUUGUCGGAGCACUGCAGCUACUGUAGCCUCGCGGAGUUAUUGAAUAAGUUAAAUAAAGUUUGACUUAUCUGACUGUUUUGUUUGGCUUAAUGCGCUUUAUAUUCCGCGAAUAGACGCGUUCAUUGAUGGUGCGAAAAUACGGUACUCGAAAAAAUCAAAUACAGAGAAUUGAACGGGGAAAAAUAAGCAAGAGAAAUGCCAAGUGUGGCGUGUGGUGUGAGAACGGGUCAAAUUGCAUGACUGUCACACUGAAAGCGUGACGGUUGGCGGCUCUGCAGAGACGUGUUAGCGUCAAAGUCCGUCAUGAAUGCUGGUUUCAGAGUUAAAGUCCUUUUAAUACUCGAUGGAUGACUCUCACCUGUGAGGUUUAAAGGAGCUAACAGGACAAAGUUUCAGGGGAACAAGCUCGAGUUUGUGAGGACUGAAGUCAGGGUUUUAAAGGAGCUGUGACCAUGAUUAGAGACCAAAACCAGCGCGAACACGGCCCAACAACCAGAGCACUCUCUCCCUUUUAAAGAGAACAUGUGUUUCUUUAAAAGGAGAGUCGAUUACAACUCUCCACAAACUGAAGCUCCGAGUUUAAAGACGACUUCUGCCAAAGGUCAACACUCUGUACAGCCACUGAAGUCUCUCUCAUUCAUGUUUCAACUCCGGCUCAGUGCUGCAGUCGGGGAUUUAUUCCUCUGACUAGCAUCAUCGCCAUAGCAACUGUUGCCGUGACUAAUGUUGACUGUAGUAUUUAAGAGCCUGCAGUCAAAACAAACAGAUGGAAACAAGGUUGGUGUAUUUAUAGCCGAUUGCCGUGACAUUGACGGCCCAUCUGUGUGAAACUUCUGGUUACUAUGGCAACAGAAAUGUGUUUUAACAGUGCAACAAACUCAAUUCAAAGCACUUUAAAACAACCAUAGCUGAACAAAGUGCUGUACAUAAAUAGACAAAACAAUGCAAACAUGAAAAACAAUUAAAACAAUAGAUAAAAUUAAAGCAGAUAUUCAAAAGUAAAAUAUAGUUUUAAUGUUUUUAAAAACUGAUUUAAAAACAUAGAAACAAAUAACUAAAAACAAACCAUAAAACACUAAAACAGGGUUGAAAGCCGAUGACUAAAAAUGGUUUUUGAGAUGAGUUUUAAAAAUGGACAGUGUGGGGGCUUUUCUGAUUUGGAGGGGUAGCUCAUUCCAUAAUUUUGGGGCUGCAACAGAAAAAGAUCGAUCCCCUCUGAGCUUCAAUUUGGACCUCAGUACCUCCAGGAGCAGCUGAGGUAACAAACACCCAGAUCCUCAGGACUCUGCUCCUCUACAGGUGUAUCUGUGAAAACCAACGCCCCCCUCUGUGUUCAUGCAUUAAGUGUUUCUCCAACAUGGACCAUGUCCCUCAGUUAGAGGCGUUUUAUUCCUCAUACCUGCUCCGAUAACUGAGAGAGAGAGAGAGAAGUCCAGAUUUAAGAUGCUAAGGUGCUCACUAGUAAACAUACCUGCCAACACUCCUGUAUCUCAGACCUCUCUCCCGCCCACCUCCUGUAUUGUCAUUUCUCCUGGGAAUCCCCCGUAGUUCAAUGGUCCAUGUUCAUUCAUGAAUCAGAUCGCUAUAUUUGUCCAAAGUUUCCAGACAACCGAAGAUUGUCGUGUGUUUCUGCUGAGCCUCACAGACUCUGGAUUGAUACUUUGACUUUACAAAUUUGGGAUGAUUCAGGUCGCUUUAAGAUGUAAACUAUAUUUAAACAGUGUUUGUUGUAAACACUUUAAUAAAAGGGAAACAAACCUCAGAUAUAAUUUUUACAUUGAUAGUCUGUCACCGUCUCGAAGUGAUGCGUUCAGGGCAGCCUCAGAUAAAAGAGCGCUGUAUUUCACACACAGAUGUUCAGAGAGACUCAUACAGGAGAGAGCAUGGAGAACAGAGGAGGACUUUAAUAUAAGUGGACUAAAGAAGUUCAUAUCGUAGUUAUUAUGUUUUUAUUACCAUUUUUUAUUAUUAAAACAAAACAAAAAAGUGUGCAGCUUCACUUAUACUUAUUUGGAUGAGUGAUUUAAUCACAAAUACUCUCUUAAUGAGCUCAUAUCCACCAUACAAGGUCACCCCAAAACUGCGUGUGUCGCAAAAAUUUCCCAGAUUUUAUAACCCGAAUGUCGGCAGGUCUGCUAGUAAACCACCUUUGGACUUAUUUCUGGAAACAGCUGUGAGCUCAAAAACCCAAACAGUAGACAGGGAGGAGUCAGCCGCUACCUGAUAAACUGAGGAUUUUUCCAUUGUACCCGUUAAAGCGCCGUCUUCACGCCCCCGUGGCGUCUUGGCUUGGAUAUAAAUGUCAUGGAGGCGUAAGUUGCUUUGCCAGAAUCAGAAGUAUAACAAAGGUGUUACAGAGGUGAGACAGGAUCCCUGUGAGCCAGUGUGUGUGUGUGUGUGUGUGUGUGUGUGUGUGUGUGUGUGUGUGUGUGUGUGUGUGUGUGUGUGUGUGUGUGUGUGUGUGUGUGUGUGUGUUUCUCAGUUAGCCUUGCUACAACAUGAAAUCACACACUGGGACACCAAAGCCUGACGAAGGUGGAGCUCUUUGUUGGUUCUGUUGAUGUAAACGAGGUUUUGGAGUCAGAACCGGGUCAUCAUAUGUUAGUUUACAGACAGAGGUCCAGACUUGACUCUUUGUUCUGUCAUCACAAAGACCCCGGAUCAGGAUUAGAGUCUGCUAACCUGUUUUUAUCCUCCUAUCUUAAUCCAUCAUGAGCAGAGAACUGUGCAGCAUCACGUUACCGUGGUAACCUUUAACAGGCAGACACCUCCAGCAGGACCAGACUCAUGUUAGACAGUCCUGUACAGGGCCAGUAAUAACAUGAGUAUUUAUGAUGAUGGUUAUAGAGGAAGAGUGAGGCAGGUAAUAACGGUAUACAACAAACAAGCGGCUGCUGGAAGAGAGUAGCUGAGUUGUGUUUAGUCUCUUUGCUAAAGAAAUCAGUCAACGUUAAAAAGAUGUUUGGUGUCUAGUUCUAUGGCUGUGACCCUAUAUGUCCUGUUGAUGAAGUUAGGUGCUGUUCUGAGCAUUAUUUGUGGCUAUAGAGUGGCGUUUUGGUUGAGGUUUGUUUAUGGCUCCUCAGACCGCUGUGUAUCACUAUCCUGCGGUCGUUACUAAAAUUGGUAUACCCAGGGAAGCAAGCGGUCGGCAACAUUCAUCUCUGGAGGGGGGGUCUAACUCGGUGUUACGGUGUGUUUGACCCUAAAUUAAAUUUACGCCAUAAUAUCCCUUUAAAGCUCCUGUGUUCACACCAGUCUUUGCUUAUCUCUUCCAUCUCCUGGAUCUCAUCCCCUUUAUUAUAUCUCAAAAAAGAACAAAUGUGGCUCUUUAAGUUCAUCAGUUAUAAUGUCUGAUUUGCAUUGUCCACAGGGGGGCGCCAAAUUCCACACAAACUGAAAGUUGCCAACAGGAGCUUUAAUGUAAUAAUAAACUCUAUUCGACUUAAAGGAGCUCACAGUAAUCAUGGGAGAAACAGAGGUCGGUGUUAAAAUGCUCCUCAGUCAUCUGGAAGACGCUUUUUCUCAGACAUGUCGGUUGUCUGGAGUCUGCGGCGACAAAAAGAAGCGGUGACUAAUUUUGUGCCGGUUCUUUAACAGUAGCACGGAGGUGAGAGGAAGUGAAGUGUGACGCUGUGAAAACACUUUCUGAAAGGCAGGAAAUGUCGGCUGCAUUUACUGAUAAAACCAACUGUGACAAAAAGAAAAGAGAAGAAAUAGACGUUAUUCCAGGUCGUUUCCUCUUCCUUUAGUCCUGAGGAGGUGUCCAGAGGAGUCCUGUGUGUUCUUGUUAAAGCAGACAACAGACGACCAUCAGAGAGGAUCUGUAAAAUGCUGAUCAGUCCAGUGUGAAGACCACUUUAACACCCUCCUCUUGUCAUGUUUGGCUGUGAUUGUGUUGUGUCUCCAUCAGUCAUCGCAGAUUAACUCUCUCCUUCUUUCUCUCCAACUCGAAGCUCUCUCUCCAGCAAAAAGGAGACGGCCUCCAUCUUGGAUGACAUCGGCAGCAUGUUUGACGACUUGGCAGACCAACUGGAUGCAAUGCUGGACUGAUCCCCCCCGCCCACGCCCUGUCUCCGACGAGCCCUUUGCCCCGCUCCUCUUCCUCAUCAUGUGUAGGUGUAUCAAGAAAACUCUCCCGAGGCUCGACGCCGGCGCUCUGACAGUGUGUGAGUGUGUGUGUGCGUGUGUGUGUGUCGGAGCGCUUCUCAUGUAGCCUUGUACAGCAAAUCACCAAGGAGGGGAGUCCUCCUGGUCCAGUGCGGUAGCUCUCCUGACGGAAGGAGGCCGCUCCCACACAACCUCUGACCUCUGCAGCCCAGCGAGUCGCCGCCUCCUCAGAGAAGAGUCUGACGGCUGCGUGGACCGAGAAGCACAAUCAUUUCCUCAUCAUCUGAUCUCCACAGACUCUGGCGAGGACAGAGAUGUAAACUCAGUCGGACAGGGAGAUAGACGGAUAAGCAUAUUGCUUGCAAAAAAAUAAGCACAUGAACUGAGUGACAGGCGGAUAAGAGAGCUCAAUCAAUAGAGAGGAUGCAAACAGGCGAGAAACAGGGCGGAGUUUUUAAAGCACACAGACAGACAGACAGACAGGCUGCUCUCUGAGUCUGUCUCACUCCUGCGAUGUCAACAACAACAACAAAAAAAAACAAAAAGAUGCAUUUUCCAGAUUUCUCUUCUGUGUGAGUGGAGGAUUGUGGUUAGCCGGAACUUCCUGACUUGUGUGUCGUCUUUCUUCAUGUUAUUGUUGUUGCCGUUGUUGUUACUGUUGCCGUUGUUGUCGUUACGAGUGUGUGUAGUCCCUGCUGAUGCUCAUGUCAAUGUCCUCCCACUCUUACAGUACUUAUUCUAAAGAUCAGAGCGACAAUACACACACACGCACACACACACACAUGCUGGUGCAGAUUAACAUUUCAUUGGUAGGGACUUUGCUGGUGUUCUGCUUUGUUGGUGUGUAGCUCCAUCUAUGGAGGUUUGCUUGGAAAUGAAUCUACACACACGCACACAUGCACACACACACAUGCGUACACGCACUCUCAUGCGGUGUUUCCCUUUGUCCUGCUGCAGUGAACAGUGUUUUUAAAAAGAUAAUCCUAUAUUUCAAUGCUUUAUAUAGUCAAUCCAGUAUACAUACAUAGAGUUUCUAAUAUACCUGGGUAUUUGAGCUGUUUAGAGCUCCCUCUAGUGUUGGUUAGUGAAACUGCCUCCAAUCUGCCCACCUCCCUGAUUGUCUCUCCCCGCUCUUUUUAUCCCCUCUGUGACAUUUGGUUAACUCCACAUCUCUCUGUGCCUUGGUAGUGUUCUUCCACGUUUCCACACUUCAUUUGUCCUCCUUUUUCUCUUCUUUUUUUCCAUCACACAACUUUUGAUUGUUCUUUUUUGGGCUCCUUGUGUAUGUGUGACGUCAGAAGUAGGUUUUAGGUUGAGUUUUGUGUCCUAAAAGACUAUCACCCCCAUCUGCUGUCCUCCUGUAAUUAUUGAGAAGCAUUGUAGGAGCCCUUACCCGCCCCUGGACCCCCCAGUAAGCUGUAAUAAAUUGGCUCUGCUCCUCUUCAGCUCCCCGGUUUUCAGUGGUCCCCCAUGUAGGCCAGACAGUGGAUCAAGCACCAGUGUUCAUCCUAAUGAAGAGUCCACUUGUAUUUUUAUGCUCUUUGAAAACAAAGAUAUAUUUGAGAGACAGAUGGUUCUAUGUGAAUAAUAACAAUAAUACUGAUAAUGAUAAUAAUGAUGAUGAUAGAUAUAGAUAUUGAAUUAAGGUGAGCUGAUUGAGCCUGUACAGUUCUGGUUGAGUUCUGGAUGUGUUGUGAUGGCUGUUGUGCCACGGUUGGGUCUAGGUUGUGUUUCUGCUGUGACGAUGCAUUCCUGUACAGCUGUGAUCAGAAUAAAUGUAUAAAUUAAACCUUACAUGACUCUGAAA